AAUACAAUGCAUUCUGUAUGUAAUGGUCUCAGACCACCUGAGAUUAAACACUCAUUCGCAGGAUUUUUCAAUUAAUUUAUUUUUUCUGUCCUGGAUCAGCCCUGGCUUUAUAGGGACUGAGUGAAUGAAUUUGGGGGUAAUAAGCCCCCUGUGGGGUAUGUUAAUAUAAUUAUUGACAUCCCAAGGACGAUUCAAUGUCACGGGUAAUGGAAGCCAUGUGUCCUGCAGGAGGAGCCGGUACAGACACACAGCUGUCCUGGAGCCAGUUGGGGCCUGUGUGGUGAACCUUUGUGGGCAUCCUGCCACCUGUUCCCAUGGUUACCAGGUUCCACACGAUGCUCCCAUCAGGCGAACGCAAUGCGCUCACGUGACUCAACACCGUCGCCUUCUUCUCACCCGCCCUCGUCACGUGACCCGUGGGAGCCAGUCACGUGCCCGGCCAUCCCAGCUUCAGGAAGUGCGUCCCACGGUCUGUUUAUGUUCGCAGGGCCCGGGGACAGCGCACGGCUCCUCAUAGAACAAUACACAGAGCGCCGGGAGCGCCCGCUGGCACCGCGCCACCCUGACCGGCCCGGACUGCGGCACUCACAGGAGGGGAGCGGGGUCACCGAGUCCCGGGGCUGGGGAGGCCUGACUGCGGCCCUCAAUAACAACGCGAGCAGGAGACAGAGGGCAGCGUGAGUCAGCAGGAGGGAGGCCGGGGGCACUGGGUACAGGAGGGAGGCUGGGGGCACCGGGCACAGGAGGGAGGCCGGGGGCACGGGGUACAGGAGGGAGGCCGGGGGUACCGGGCACAGGAGGGAGGCCGGGGGCACCGUGUACAGGAGGGAGGCCGGGGGCACCGGGUACAGGAGGGAGGCCGGGGGCACCGGGCACAGGAGGGAGGCCGUAAGCACCGUGUACAGGAGGGGAGGGGCCGGGGCACCGGGCACAGGAGGGAGGUCGGGGGCACUGGGUACAGGAGGAGGCUGGGGGCACCGGGCACAGGAGGGAGGCCGGGGGCACCGUGUACAGGGAGGGAGGUCAGCACCGGCACAGGAGGGAGGUCAGCACGCGGCACAGGAGGGGAGGCUGGGGCACCGGUACAGGUGAGUAAGGCUGGGGGGCACCGGUACAGGAGGGAGGCCGGGGCACGGGUACAGGAGGGAGGCUGGGGGCACCGGCAACAGCAGGGAGGCUUGGGGCACGGGUACAGUGAGAGGGAGGUCGGGGCACCGGGCACAGGGGAGGGAGGGCCGGGGCACUGGUACAGGAGGGAGGCCGGGGGCACGGGGUACAGGAGGGAGGCCGGGGGCACGGGGUACAGGAGGGAGGCCGGGGGCACGGGGUACAGGAGGGAGGCCGGGGGCACGGGGUACAGGAGGGAGGCUGGGGGCAUUGAACUGGAGAGUGAGAAGUAUCCGAGCAGGUUAAGACAGGGCUAAUUCUUGGGAUGACCGCUUGAGGUACGGGGUCAUGCUUGGGAAGACAGUUUGGGAUUACAGGGGUAAUUCUUGGGUUGACAUCUUGGGGGUACAGGGGUAAUUCUUGUUGUUAUAGAACACUUGGUUGCAGCUAGAUAGUUACUUUAAAGGUCUUUUAGUCAUUACUUAACAAAUCACUAUUAACAGGGUUAUCAUCAUCAAAAUUGUUUAUUGCAAACUGGAUAAAGUGUGCAAUAUUUUCCAACACUUGGCUAUUAGUGGAUAGUGUAAAAAUAAGCACUACAUUUGAUUUGUAAAUAGUGUAAUCAACCAACUUGUUUUUCAAAAGUCAGUUGAAAAGUCAUUGUUUAGUAGAUACUGCAGUCAUGAAUAUUAAUUUCCCAUUUGUUUUCCUUUUUGUGUCAUUUUACCACACUCCCUCUAGCAUGUAAGCUCAUUGAGCAGGGCCCUCAACCCCUCUGUUCUUGUGUGUCCAACUUGUCUGGUUCUUGUGUGUCCAACUUGUCUGGUUACAACAACAUGUCUGUUUGUCCACCCACUGUAAAGCGCUGCGGAAUUCAAUGGCGCUAUAUAAAUAACAUAACUACUGCAGGGUUAAAACUAGGGCAACCGGACACCCAGACCACUCCAUUGAGCUGAAGUGGUCUUGGUGCCUAUAGUGGUCCUUUAUUGCUUGGGCUGACCCCGUAUCCCAAGCUGUCAUCCCAAUCAUUAAAAAGCUCGGGAUGACCGCUUGUGGUAGGUAGAGGGGUAAUUCUUGGCAUGGCAGCUAGGGGAACGGGGUAAUGCUUUGGAUGACAGCUUGGGGAACGUGGGUAAUGCUUUGGAUGACAGCUUGGGGAACGUGGGUAAUGCUUUGGAUGACAGCUUGGGGUACAGUGGUAAUGAUUGGGAUGACAGCUUGGGGUACAGUGGUAAUGAUUGGGAUGACAGCUUGCGGUACAGGCAUAGUUCUUGGGAUGACAGCCUGAGGAACGUAGGUAAUGAUUGGGAUGACAGCAUGAGGAACGUAGGUAAUGAUUGGGAUGACAGCAUGAGGAACGUAGGUAAUGAUUGGGAUGACAGCUUAGGGAACCGUAGGUAAUGAUUGGGAUGACGGCUUAGAGAACUGUAGGUAAUGAUUGGGAUGACAGCUUAGGGAACUGUAGGUAAUGAUUGGGAUGACAGCUUAGGGAACCGUAGGUAAUGAUUGGGAUGACAGCUUAGGGAACCGUAGGUAAUGAUUGGGAUGACAGCUUAGGGAACCGUAGGUAAUGAUUGGGAUGACAGCUUAGGGAACCGUAGGUAAUGAUUGGGAUGACAGUUUAGGGAACCGUAGGUAAUGAUUGGGAUGACAGCUUAGGGAACCGUAGGUAAUGAUUGGGAUGACAGCUUAGGGAACCGUAGGUAAUGAUUGGGAUGACAGCUUAGGGAACCGUAGGUAAUGAUUGGGAUGACAGCUUAGGGAACCGUAGGUAAUGAUUGGGAUGACAGCUUAGGGAACCGUAGGUAAUGAUUGGGAUGACAGCUUAGGGAACCGUAGGUAAUGAUUGGGAUGACAGUUUAGGGAACCGUAGGUAAUGAUUGGGAUGACAGCUUAGGGAACCGUAGGUAAUGAUUGGGAUGACAGCUUAGGGAACCGUAGGUAAUGAUUGGGAUGACAGCUUAGGGAACCGUAGGUAAUGAUUGGGAUGACAGCUUAGGGAACCGUAGGUAAUGAUUGGGAUGACCGCUUGGAGCUUAUGGAUAAUGCUUGGGGUGCAGGGAAAAUGCUUAUGAGGACAACUUGGUUAGAAUUUGAAUAUGAGCAAGGUUAUUUGGAUAGGAAACCUGAUUACUGUUUAAUUUUUCCCAUGUAUGGUUGAUCGAAAAUAAAAAUAUAUCUGUGGCAUACAAUUUCUGACUGUGUAACGUAGAAUAUUAUUUUGUAACAAGCCGCUUGGUAUAGAUAUUUCUCCUCCCUUUGCUUGGGACAUAGAUCUUUAUGUGGCUGUAACUGAAUUCCUUUAGAAUGUCUUGUUUGCAAUCUGUGCUGGACAAAGUCUUAUGCUUUUAGUUGAAAUGUAUUCCACACUUCACAGAUGGUGACAAGUAAUCCUCUGAAGCUCACAUCUGUGUUUUUGAUUACUAGAGAAGCAGGAUUCAAAUAAUGCAUUUGAAGUUGUAUGAUUUAAACUGAUGUUGGUCACAUAAUAUUGCUGAAGUAAAAUAAAUGUGAAAUGUAUGUGUUUUGUGUGUGUGUGUGUGUCUGUCCCAACCCCCCUUAGCUCUUUGGUAAAUCUAAACUCCUCAGCUCAAAUUUUUAAAUGAAAACAUUUAACUAAGCAUUGCCAAAAGUAAUAUAAAUAUGUGGUGGUUUUUUUGUUUGUUUUUUUAUAUACCAGCUCUUCUUUAAAAAAAUUUUUUUUUUUAGAUUAAACACCUUUUUUGUUUGCACGUUGUAGACUAAACAUCCAUUGUUGUCCAACUCACUAAUGCCUAUAUUCAGUUUGUCACGUUUAAUUUCAGUUUUCAACUAAAAACAAAACAUAGUUUGGCUUACUUCGUGUCCACCAGGCAUUGCUCCAUUCCUCUACUACUGAAGACAGAAUUUCUUGCAUCAGCUAAUCACUCUCAUCCAGUGAGCUAAGUCCUGCACUGCCAGGCUAAGCUCAGUGAAGACAGCGUCCAGCUGUCACCUACCAGUAAUGGAUACCUUACCACGUGGGGGAGGGGGUUCCAGGGCAAUCCUGGCACCAUGGCCACUACAGCAUACUGUAGUGAUUAUGGUGUUUGGAAUGUUAAUUUUAACUAUCACUAAACAAGUCCUUUACAACUGUCUAAAGAUUUAAAUAAAAAAUAAAAAUUAUAUUUAUUUUUAGGGAUGUGCAAUGGCAAAUAAAUUUGGUUCAGUUUGGCAAUUCCCUAUCCCUUCGGCAAUUGUGAUCAGCACUUCCGAAAUGCGACAAUUCGCACAUUUAAAAAAAAAAAAAAAUUUAUUUAUAUAUUUUAUAUAUUAUAUAUAUAUAUAUAUAUAUAUAUAUAUAUAUAUAUAUAUAUAUAUAUAUAUAUAUAUAUAUAUAUAUAUAUAUAUAUAUAUAUAUAUAUAUAUAUAUAUAUAUAUAUAUAUAUAUAUAUAUAAAUUUUUUUUUUUUUUAACAGGUAAUGAGGCAAGCUGGUAUAUAUGAUGACAUGAACAGCACUGCUUUUCCCACAAUCUAUAGGGUGGAGUCAGUUAUGUAUUGCAAUGUUUUGGUUAAAAUACAUACCUUAGGACAUUUCUGCCAAUUUUAAAUCUACUUCUUCAGACUAACAAUUUAAAUAUGUAUAGGCUUUUUUUUUAUUUAUUUUUGUAAAUAAUACCAUUACCAACACCAUUUUGCCUUUUAGAUUUGGGAGUGAAGUUUUCCUUCUUUGGUCUCUACAUUGCAGCACUUUAGUGACUGUAAACAUUGCAGUUCUGUGGGACUGCAAUGUUUAACAUUGCAGCAUUAGGUGCAAAUGGGACACAGCACCCAGACCACUUCAACGAGCUGAAGUGGUCUGGGUGCCUACAGUGUCCCUUUUAUAGGCACUCAGACCAUUUCAGCUCAUUGAAGUGGUCUGGGUGCAGUGUCCCAGUCCCUUUUUAACCCUGCAAGUGUAAUUAUUGCAGUUUCUGAGAAACUGCAAUAAUUACCUUGAGGGGUUAACUCCACCUCUAGUCUACCAGAGGGACUUCCAGGUGGUUAGGUGACCAAAAGUCGCCUAACUGUUGCUGGACGUCCUCACGCUGUGCAUGAGGACAUCCUGCGUCUGCUAAGUCCCCAUAGGGAAGAACUGAUACAAAGUCUAAUAAUAAUAAAAUUCUAGAAAAAAAUUUUUUUUUUUUAAAUCUUUUGGGGAAAAAAGUAAUUUUAUGUUUCGAUUUUGGUUUUCGGUCAAGGGCAUCCUGAAUUUUCGGUUUUCCUCCCCGAAUUUUCAUUUUGGUGCAUCCUAAAUUUGUUCUCAGUACUCUCUUGCAACUUUUUUUUUUUUUUUGCAGUUUCCUUCAUAUUUUAUAAAUAUAUUUUUGCAUUCACUUGACUUUUUUUGUAUUUUCUGGGAUUUAAGAGUUGGUUCAUUAAUAGUAUACAUUUUGUCCAAAUUGGAUGGUAUUUAUUAGCUGAGUAUAUCAGCCCGUGAUAAGGACUCGUAGUGUUUAUGGUGCUUUGGUUGCCCGUUCUAAUGACAUUCAAAGCUCAAGAAUCCAAUGUACCUAGCUUACAAUAUGAUGUAAGUAGUUCCCUUGUCUUUAUCCUAUUUUCCUAUUCAUUGUGGUUUCAGCUUUUUGCUACUACUUGCCUACUACUAGUUAAAGCGGCUGUGUCAUGUUGUGUAUCCCUUGGCUCUCAUCUGGGGGAUACGUUUCCUUGUAACACUGGGCGUCAACACCCCAACGAUUUUAAACCCUUAACUCGCAGUUUAAGACAGUUGUCUGAUCCCUCCAGGUUCUUUCUUGGAGCAGUUUCUAAGAUGGUGGUGCCCAAAAAUACUAUAGUUUGCCCAUGGCUGGGUGUGCAUGCCUGAUGCGUAUGCCCAGUGCCAAUGACACAAAGGACGACUUUGGCGUUUUUAUAGAUUGCCUAGUGACUCAUUGCUUUAGGACGUAAUGUGCUAAGGCACUGGAGGGAGGCCACACAUGACAAGCUAGGAGGUAUUUUACUGAUGUGACACACACACACACACACACACACACACCCCUCCACCUCCUGUACAGUAUAUGAUUGCCAAAUAUAUAUCAUAGCUUCUUGGAGAGAGGUUGGACAGCAAAUGUGGGUGCAGGUAAUUUUCAUUAAAGGGACACUAUAGUCACCAGAACAACUACAGCUUAAUGUAGUUGUUCUGGUGAGUAUAAUCAUUGCCUUCAGGCAUUUUCAUGCAAACAAUGCCAUUUUAGAGAAAGGCAGUGUUUACAUUGCCCCCUAGGGACACCUCCAAGGGGCCACUCCUUAGAUGGCCACUGGAGGUGCUUCCUGGGGCAGUGCUGCACAGUAGGCAGCACUGCCGUUCAGCGUCUCCACUCUUUGCAUAGAGACGCUGAAUUAUCCUCUUAGAGAUGCAUUGAUUUAAUGCAUCUCUUUGAGGUGCUGAUUGGCCACAAUGGUGUUUGUCCCUGCCUCCAUGCCUAUUUGGAUUGGGUAAAAGUCUGCAAUUCUGAUGUCACCAAGGAGGUGUAUCGGGGGUGGGGCCAACAAUAGCAGACCUGCGCGGCGCUGAAAAGAAGGUAUGUUUUAACCCCUUCUAAUGGGAAACAAGCCCCCUAAAUGGUGAGUUAAACAUGAAGGGUCAGGAAUACAUGUUUGUGUUGCUAUAGUGUUCCUUUAAAAAACACGGUGAGCUAAUCAAAUCUGCAGACACAGGUUAUUUAUUGCAACCUAGCAGGAUGAAUAGAAGGAGAAUGCCAACAUUCUCUCUUUGAGUUGCUAGAGGUAAUUAAAGUGAAGUACAUCAUAUCUUAAUCCAUUUAUAGGAAUUUAGGAUUCACUGAGACCUGAAUCCAAUUUAGAACAGAAGAGUGAGACUACAUAUUGAUACCUUUGCUAAAUUGUGAAUUGUGUAGAUUUAGGUUAUACGAAAGUUUUUCAAGCUGUUUAUAAAUUUUUUUUCUAUUCUGCUAUGUACAAAAUAAUCUGUAAAAGUUCUCAAUAUAUUAACUCUAGUCAAAAAUUUAAUUUUAGGAUCUUUCUACUUCAACAGUCACUUUUUAAAGCAAUAACUUUUCUUUACAGACCGUUUUGUUCCUUGACAAAGAAUUUAACCACUAAGAGUCGCCAAGAUAGCUGGCCCAGGUAGAAAACGCCGCACCCCUGACCCAGACUCUGUUACAGACCCUGGGGGCCCUUCCGUUUCCACCAAACGGCAAAAGAUGUCUCAUUCUGCCGAGGGCACUGGUCAAAGGAGAGGUAACCGUGCAACUGAAGAUGCUGUCAGUAAGAAAAAGCAGAAGGACAAGGUCAACCAGGAGAGCAAAGAGGGCAAGUUGUCUGCCUACAGUGAGUCAAAGAAAGGUGAAUGACCAUUAUCCCUAGAUUUACAGUGAGGUUUGGCGUUCCUACUUGAUUGAAUAAAAUUAGCUUUACAUUUAAUGUGUUUAUGUAAUGUUAAAGAAAUACUACAUGGUCAGGAACACAAUUCCUGAAUCUAUAACUGUGUUGUCAAGGUUAACCACCAUAAAUUGUUUCUGGGCUACAUUUCACAUGAUGCUCAGCUAGCUUUUAGAGUCUAAAAGCUAGCUGAGCAUCAAGGGAAAUGUAGUCCAGAAACGAUUUAUGGUGUCAAGGUUAGCCAUCACUGCCCUAUAGUGUUAAAAUAUUCCCCCCUUGCCCUCUUUAAAAACUAGUAAUACUCUCCUAUUUCCAGCAGUCAGCGCUGGCUCCACCCCCAAUCUGCCUCCUUGGCUGACAUCAGAAUUGAUGAUCUCAGUCAAUCACAAUGCUUGCCCACAGGCUUUGGAUUGGCUGGGAUCGUCAAUUCUGACUAUCUCAGCCAAGGUGCUGCCCCGACCAGUUAGCAUCUCGUCAUAGAGAUGCAUUUAAUCGAUGCAUCCAUAUGGAGAAACUGUGCUGCAAUACACCAUGAAGCAGCUUUAGUGGCCAUCUGUAGAGUGGCCCUUGAAGGAUCCCUGGGCUGUAAUGUAAACCCUGCCUUUUCUCUGGUUUGUUUUCCUAAAUCAGUAGUGUUCUUUUUAAUUAGCAAGACUGUCCAAAGAAACAAAGAAAAGAGGACAUUAAGCAGAAGUAUUUUGUUGCACAGUACAGGUUUCUUUAUAGCAGGAACAAUACACAUAUGAAAUUCAUUGUCUAAAGAGGUUAUUUUAUCAGACACUUUUGAGAUUGUUAGUUUUAUUUAUUAAAGUGAAAAUUCAAAGUGAAUUCCAAAUGUAAAGGGAUACUGUCAGCACCAAAACAACUUAACCUUAAUGAAGCAGUUUUUGGUGUAUAGAUCAUGCUCCUGCUGUCUCACUGCUCAGUUCUAUGACAUUUAGGCAUUUAAGAGCUAAAUCACUUUGUUCAUAAGAACCCUACUCACACCUCCCUGCAUGUGACUAACACAGACUUCCUGUAAAGAAAGAUCUAAUGUUUAAACUUCCUUCAUUGCACAUUCUGUUUAACUUAAAAUGUAUUGGCUCUUCUCUGUUAAUUACCUUCUUCAUCUGCAGGAGCUUGUGUGAUUAAAGUUUAAUUAAAAAAAAAAAAAAAAAAGUUAAUAGCUAUAUGCAAGUGAAACAAUUUUUUAUUUUUUUUCCCCAUGCAGACUGUCAGUCACAGCGGCUGCAUGGAAAGAAACAAAAGUCAUAUAACUCCUAAACAGCAGAUAAUUAAGCAGUGAGACCCUGGGGUAGUGUGAUCUAUACACCAAAACUGCUUCAUUAGGUUAAAGUUGUUUUGAUGCCUAAUAGUAUCCCUCUUAAGGUCAAAUUUCUCCUCAUCUCUGUAUUCUUUCUCCACACCUGCUGCCAUGUGCAAAGGACGGAGUUUAUUGACCGGAAGCUAAUAGGGAGGUGUCCUGAUGCUGGAUAAAGGGAUGUUGAUUUGUAAAUUAAAAAAAAAAAAAAUCACCUCCCACGGAUGCUUAUUUGUUAAAUAUGGGGAUAAAUAAACACAAUAUUAAAAAUACUGAGAAGUGCAAGUUCCCUUCUAAUCUGUUCUAGAACAGCAUUUGAUUGGCGUAUUAUGGCAUUUUGCCGCAUGUAAUCACUUGCCUCCCAAUGCUUUCCUUUGUAAAGCAUUAGAUUGGCUGAGAUUACCAACAUCAAUGAGCUCGGCCAAAGUGGUGGCGCGAAGGCUGAAAGGUAAGUAUUACUCUUCUUUUCAAAACCUCACAGCAUAUCUAGGUAGGUCUCAGGACACUAUAGCGUUAAUAGUACAUGCUUGUGGUUUGAACACUAUAGUAUCCAUUUAAAGUGGGUAGCAAUUAUAUUCUUGAAUUUUGUAAUUUUUGGAAGUGAAAAUAAAUAGAAAACAAAUGGGUUGGAUAAAAUAUUGCUCCUUCCCUGCUUACAGUAAAUUAAGGCACAUUAUUAUUUAUAUAGAAAACAAAUACAUUAUUAUUUUUUUACAUUUUACUCGCAACAAGCCACCAUAAUCCAUACAUAGUUAUAUUUGAAUGUUUAUCACAUUGUUUUGUUGUCUUGGCUUUUGUCAAAAGGGAAAGAUAUAAAAUAAAACUAACAUUACAGGCUUGGGUUUUCACAGUAACACUAAAAAGGAAAAAAUGUAAUUAAUUUUUUUAUUUAUUUUGAGAAAAGUUAGUUUUUUUUUCUUAAUAUAUACUUUACAUUUUUUGGAGGGGAUGCAGACCCCAGGGUACCAGCUCGCAAAAACCCUACGCUCUAGAAGAAAGGGAAACCUGACAAGGUUUUCUUUUCUCUUCCAUAUACUUAUGUAGGCAUGCUGGACCACUAUUGUAUACCCUAACCCCACCCCAACUCACCCUUGUUAAUAUCUGAAUUAUACAAGUCCGAGCAGACCUGUUAUUGUUGCACUUGCUUAUGUGACAAAGCUCAAGAAUUUUGGUAUUUAAAAAAAUAAAUUAAAAAAACAUCGAGCGCACUGCACACCUAAACAUCCUGCUUCUAUACGAUUGCACUCCACUGUGGGCCCAAACCCGACUAACUAAAUUGCUUUUGGUAUCACCAAAUCUACGGGGAUGAAUAAAUUUACAUGGGUUGAAAGUCACAGAGCACAAUCCCCCAUAUGGAGUGCUCUCCACAAUACAAUGUAAUGUUUAGACAUGAUGAAGUGUGCUGUGUCACACAGCCACUGUUUAUUGCAUCCAAUGUAACAACGUUGUACAGGAACUAUGUGAUGUAACACAUUCUGCUCACCCUUCUCUCUGUACCCAAACCCUAUUUAUUCCCCCCUUCCUUACAUUGACAAAAACAACAAAAAUUGUCAAAUUGAAAGAAAUUAAAAAUGUUUUUGGAGGGGCAGAUUUUGAAAAGUUAACAGCUUCCUUAAAAACCAAAUGAUAAAAUCCUGUGAUCGGGAAUAGUAACACAGCAUUCCGAUUACAAUGGUGAAGAUUUAUCAAGAGAAAACAGGUGCUAUUCAAGUACAUUGUGUUAAAUAUUGAGUGACAUUCUCUUGGUUUCCAUUGUGUUUGAUGCUUAUUCAUCUAUCUGCCCAAAAUAUCACCUAUUUUGUACUUUAAUAAAUCUCUCCCAUAUUUUUACAUUGAUGGAAACCGACAAAAUGUGCUUUUAUCUCCAUGGCCUUGGUUGUGGGUUUUUUUUUUUUUUUGGUUUUGUUUAUUAUCUGUGGCUGAUACCAGAGGGCUGAAGAACAGAAAACUAAAUCAUUUAUACUAACCAUUAUCAGAUCCAGCCCUGACUUGUAAUAAUUGCAUGUCUCAUUAAUUACUUUGAAUGCUAUUCAUUCUUUGUCAUGGACCAGGUCUGCCUUUGAAAUAAUUGUUUGAAAACUCUUUUUAUUAAAACAAAUGAACGAACAAAAAAAGACUCUCUACACCCUUACUAGUCAAAUCACAAUAGGGUUAUCCAACUAUGAGGAAACAAAGAAGAACAUAGUGCACUUCUGUAUAACACUAAAAAAAUAACUGCUUGGCUAAAUGGUCACUCACACUUUAACUGAUAAAGUAGGGCGUGUAGUAAUCAAAUGGAGCAUUCAGGCAGUUCCUUGCUUCCAGUGGCUGGUCUUGUAGAUCUCAGCAGUAUGUAAAAUAAAGAUGCAUCCAAAUUGAAGUACAAGAAAGAAUGCAUAAAGUAUAAAAAUUGUUUACUUACACACAGGUAAGGAUCAAUCAGCAUAAAACACAAGUAAAAUCUGUCCAAUGCGUUUCCUCACAAUCAGGGACUUCCUCAAGGACUUCUUUGCAGUGGUGAGACAGGAUAACAAAAAGAAUACAUACAUCCCCCUCCCUCCCACUUAAAUACCCCCCACAAUUUGUUGAUCGAUGUCUUCCACGUGCUGUUCGGCUUCAUUUCACCUGCUUGUAGUCAGAUCGCGAUUACUUCCUGGUUCCGGGUGUGUGACAUCAUCGUGUUCCGUUCGCGUUUAUUAUGCGUUCCACGUGUGUUCCAAACCGUCUUUCUACUCGCAGGAACCACCAUGCGAGUAGAAAGACUGGAACGCAAAUUCAACGCGAACGGAACGGAGUCUGAUGCUGCCUGGGGGGAGUGGAAAUUGACACUAGAUGCAAACAUAGGGGUUAAACCGUUUAAGAACUGCUCAACCCCUUGAGGUAAGCGUUCCUCAAGAGGACCUCCUGACACCAUGCAGGAAUGUGGUGCCUGGAAUGUCCCUUUAAUCAAUUGUGAACUGUUUGAAAUUCAAUUAAAAAUUAGUUCAAUGGAUUAUGUGUGGACUUUAUCUGAUCCUGUAUUAUUUCUGUUGACUGGAUUUUUAUUUUAUUUUUUCCCCUCUCUCCUUAAUAUGCUGGUAUUUUAGUCAGUCCUUUUUAAUGUUCUUUCUUUGUCUUAACUCUCUUUUCACUUUUUAUUUUAGAAAUGGUUAUAGACUGGAAGCAAAAUUCAGAUGAAGUAAUUGUGAAGUUGAAUGCUGGGUCAGGAGUCUUAAAUGUAGACGAACUUAACGCAGAGUUUACCGAUACGGACUGUGUUAUCUGCUUUCCAGGUAAUCUUCACCAACCAGGCAAAUCCAGUAUGACACAUUUCUUUUUAUUUAAAAGUUAUGUUUUAAAUUAAGGCAUUUGAGUAGCCUAUUUUUUUUUCCUCAAUGUUGCAUAUAUCGUUAGUGGGCUAAUUACACCUUUUGUUUUGCUGAAUUUCUGAACGGCACGUUAAAGGACAACUGCCGCCUCCUCGAAAUAUUUUUAUAUAUAUAUAUAUAUCACUAAUUUUAUACACUUGAAAACAAGAGUGAUCUCAAUGUAUGUAUCCAUCCUUGUAAAAUAUAUAUAUAUAUAUAUAUAUAUAUAUAUAUAUAUAUAUAUAUAUAUAUAUAUAUAUAUAUAUAUAUAUAUAUAUAUAUAUAAAUUUAUUUUAGUGUUUUUAAAAUUUGUAUUUAUUAAUAAAUGAAGUAUACUUUAAUAGAGAGCGAGAGGAGGAAAAACUUCAUAUGGUCAAAAAGUGUUGGGGGGAGGGAGGGAAAGCACUUCACUCCCUGAAGGAUCUUGUCAUAUACUACAGGUAGGGAUGAAUUUAUAGUUUGUUUGUUUUUAAAUUAUUUUUUUGUAAUGCAUUUCUGGCUACAAAUCCCCCAUAAUAAAGAAUAUAUACAAAGUAAAUAAGAGAACACCGUAUCAAGCACAUUUGUUUUUUAUUUUACAGAGGGCCAUAAGUGGAGCUGCUCCUUUCAUGAAGAAAUCGAAGGGUCAUGUAGUAAAUUACAAUAUAAAGAAAAGGGGAACUUCUUGCAACUCAUUUUGCAUAAGAAGAUCCCUUUGAACAAAUGGCCAGCACUCCAGGUAAGAUUCGUUAAGUUAGUUCUUAAAUGUACCAUACAGUGGAACCUCGAAACUUGAACUUAAUCCGUUCCAGAAGGCUGUUUGAGAACUGAAUCUACAUUUCCUAUAGGAAUUAAUGUAAACUUGAUUAAUACGUUCCAGAUCCACAAAAUUACGUGGAUGGGGAUAGGUAACUGUUCUUCUGGCAUUACAUACGAAAGCAUAUAAAAUGGCUGUAUUUGGUUCAAAAUAUCUAAUACCCCUCUUUCCUCUGCUUGUAUCAUUAUGUCCAUAGUCCCUCUUCCCUUACUCGGGUGCCUUUGUCAUCUGGUGUCCUUCUCCUCAUAUUUUCCUUUUUCUCCUUGAAUAAUAAUUCUGUCCAUAUCCCUUCACCCUUUACUUGUGUCCCUCUGCCUUCUGGUUUUCCUCUCCCUAUAUUCCCUUCUCUCCCCUUACAUAGUCCAUCUGCCCCUAUUUCCUCAUCUCACACUUAUAUCACAUGCUUCCCCACACUUGUGUCCCUCUGUGAAUGCCACGUGAUGUGUUCAGGUACUGAGACAUUUUUUUACGCAAAAUUUUAGUUCAACUUCCGACUUGUUCGAGGUUCCACUGUAUAUGCCUAAACAUAGUAAUCUUUAAUUUAGCAGGUGAUCUUCAUGUGCAUGUAUGCACACCUAGAAUGCUCUUAUUUGGGAUGCUUGGUAUGGAUAGGAAAAUUUAGCAUAUGCAAAGAAGAUGAAAGCUUUUAUGUAUCUGCAGAUUAGCACAAUGUUAACCCUCAACUUAUUACUAUUUUAAAAUAUCAAGAGGUCCUUUCUGAUUCACUUAUCUAACAUUUUAGAAAGCUUAACCGUGUCCUGUAUAGGCUGCAGUUUGGUAGUUCAGUGGCUAAUGUUCCUGGUGCAGUACCAGUAGAAUGUACAGUUUCAGGGGUUUUUUUUUGACAGGGUUUACUCAGCCUUUCAUCUUUUUGAAGUUUAUUAAAUGUAUGUUCAGUGUUUUAAAAAAACAUUGAGUUAAAUUAUUAAAUAAGAACUUCGGUGUAUGAAUUGCGAAAAGCUAAAUGUAACUUUACUUUUUAAAUAAUUUGUUAUAGUUGCAAUGAAUUUCUUUGCAUUUCUCCAUAGAAGAAGAAAAAAGAAGUCUUGAAAGUUGAUGGGAAGAGCACACUUCAGAAAGAUAUUGGGAAAGCGAAGUCAUCUUUAAUAGUUCCUGAUAAAACCUUGAACAAAUCAGGCGAGACUUCAGAGGUCCGGCGAAAACCAGAUCCCCGGAGUUUAAGAAGAGGUUUUGAAACGGAAAGGAAUACAGGGGUAAACAAUGGAACUGCAAAGAAAAGCUUGUCCUCUUCUGCUGUGCAAAGUGGGGCACCAGGAAAGAAAGGUGGACUUCACAAAGCCGCUCUCUCAGCCUCUGUAAGGGAGGUUAGUCCCAGAAACCAGAAAACGCCCAUCUCUGGGGAUUCCUCAAAGUGUGCCACAGGAAAAGUGCAAAACAAAAGGGAUGACCACAUCCAUGUUGGAGAUGCACAGACCGCACAGAAACCUGCAGUUUCUAAUCCAGAGUCUGCCAAAGGAGAUCAGGUGAGGAUUAUCAGCAUUAUACUCUAUACAUGAGUAGCAUAUGGUGCACGCAAGACAGAUCUGAGGUUUUUUUUUUUUGGUUUUUUUUAUAUUAUUUGGGCUGUUAUUUGUCAGUGUUGACAAAUGAUAUUCUUCUUUAUGUGUAAUUUCCACCCAGCUUCCAGCGCCAACCUUUGUCUGCUUGUGCAAUCACAGAGGGAAUCCUUAAGCAGGAGACUAGCCAUAAGACUGUUAAAUUAAGCAAAAGAGAGGCAAUAGAGAAGUAACGUUUUUGUAGGUCUUUCAUUUCUCAAUGUAUUUUGUACAGAAUGGGUGAUGGGUGGCAUUCAAAACAAAGUUAUGUAUGCACAAACCUGUUCAAUGCAUUUCAACUGCAGAUAUACAUUGUUCAGGUAUAGCAUAGAGAACAAAGCAAAUUGUGGAAUGGUGAAGCAGGGCUUUCAUUUACUUAUACAGUGAUGUGGCUCUCUUAAUCUUGCCUCACUUGGCACUUUGUGAUAACUAGUCUCUCUCUCUAAAUCAGACUACUACUGAAUUGGUCCUUGUCAAGUCUGUUACACUUUCUAAGCCGAAGUUAUUGUGUUUGGAGUAUUCCUUUUGAAGUUUGCCUUACUCUCUGCAUUUAUGUUUAUUGGUUUGUGUUUUUACGUAAGAUUUAAGCCUAUACCUCCAGGAGAUUAGCAUAUUGAUAUAAAUGAUGCCUAUAUUGCAUUUGGAAAGAUUGGAUCAUGGUGCAAUAUGGUUUCCAUGGUGUGAUUUACUAAUACAGUACUACUAUUUAAUACAUUUUGGUCAGUUUAUUAGAAAAGGGCAAUGCUAAUUGUGGGAGAGAAAAUGAGGAAAUAAGGCAAAAGUCAAGAAGCAUUAAUCUCAAAUAAGACUUCGUAAGAGGGUGGGAAUGAACUUGAAGAGAAUACAACUUUGUUAAAGGGACGCUCCAAGCACUCAGACCACUUCUGCCCAUUGGAGUGGUCUGGGUGUCAACUCCCACUACCCUUAACCCUGCAAGUGUAAUUAUUGCAGGUUUUUUUUUUAAUAAACUGCAAUAGUUACAUUGCAGGGUUAACUCCUCCUCUAGUGCCUGUCACUAGACAGCCAAUAGAGGGCACUUCCGUGUCUAUAGCACAGGUUUUCACAUUGUGUGAGGAUUUCCAACGUCGCUCAAUUCCCCAUAGGAAAGCAUUUUCAAUGCUUUCCUAUGGAGAGCUCUAAUGCACAUUAGGUCUCCUCAGCCUGCUAAAUAGUCUAUCUAUAUAAACCAAUGAGCUCUGACUUUCUAAUGAAAAUGUAAAUUGGUUCCUUGUAGAUCCUGAUCUGUUCAGAUGUGGUUUCCCAUAGAGAAAAGGUGGGUUCACCUCUCACUGGUGAAAUAUUUUUUUUUUUGUUUUUAAAUGAAAAAUAAAGGUUUAUCAGAAUGUAUCAAAUGUAUUACCAGCAAUCUGUAUGAUUCAGAAGGUGCCCUUCUGAGUGAAGGAGAAGAUUCAAUUAGUUUACUAACCAUUCCAUGAGAUCUGCGGAAAAAAACUCCACCAAAUGAGGAAGAGCGUUCCAGGAAUUAAAUGUCAAUACUUACCUGAAGGAAUAGUAGCAAUCUACACCCUGUUCCAAAUUAUUAUGCAAAUGAUAUAUUUCUCAUUUACCUAAAUAAUUGAUGUAAAUAACAGUCAGCAUAAUUUUUAUGUUUUCAACUAUUAAGAGUACAAUUCAGAUUUUAUUGAACAAACCUCCUAAUGAUAACAGUAUUUGCACUGUUCCAAAUUAUUACACACAGUAAGUUUCAAAACACUUUUGUAGGUUGUAAAGAACUGAAAAUUGUCAUUUGUUGUGGUUGCAGCAUAUUUACUGACAUCAAAAGCUAUUUCAAUCAAACUUAUAACAACAUUUUAACAGGUCACGUUACAUUUGAACAUAGGACCCCAUAUUUGAUAGCAGCUUGACAAGUCUUGCAUUCAUUGGACUUGUGAGUUUUUGGACAGUUUCUGCUUGAAUUUGUUUGUAAGAUGUCAGAAUAGCCUCCCAUAGCUGCUGUUUGGAUGUAAACUGCCUCCCAUCCUCAUAGAUCGUUUGCUUGAGGAUGCUCCAAAGGUUCUCAGUAGGAUUGAGGUCAGGGGAGGAUGGAGGUCACACCAUGACUUUCUCUCCUUUUAUCCCCAUAGCAGCCAUUGAUGCAGAGGUAUUCUUUGCAGCAUGAGAUGGUGCCUUGUCAUGCGUGAAGAUGAUUUUAUUACAGAAAGCAUAGUUCUUCCUUCUGUACCAGGGAAGAAAGUGGUCAGUCAGAAACUCCACAUACUUUGCAGAGGUCAUCUUUACACCUUCGGGGACACUAAAGGGGCCGACCAGUUCUCUUCCCAUGAUUCCGGCCCAAAACAUGACUCCACCACCGCCUUGCUGACAUUGCAGCCUUGUUGGAACAGGCUGGCCAUCCACUUCUCCAUCCAUCUGGACCAUCCAGGGUUUCACGGCACUCAUCAGUGAACAGGACUGUUUGAAAAUUAGUCUUCAUGUAUUUUUCUGCUCAAUGCAGCUGUUUUUUAAUGAACCUCUAUCUAGAUAUUGCUAAAAAUCUUAGAUACUUACCUCAAGCUGUAUAGAUGUACCCAAUAAUGAGAAUACCCUUUUUAAAUUCAUACAGGGAUACCAAUAAAGGAUUAAAAAAAAAUAUAUAUAUAUAAAAAAAAUAUAUAUAUAUAUAUAUAUAUAUAUAUAAAAUUAGAUUUGAACACAUAGUGUACAUCUGUACCAAUAUAUGAGAUGAAUAAGCAUUAAAUGGUACAUCAAGGCUAUGCAUAGUUCCUCUAAUAGACCUAUAGGAAGGAAGUUUAAAGAGGAGACAGUAAAGAUGAAGACCCUGUAAGUUUAGUGCCACUGUACAAGGUGUGACUUUGCGUAAGCUGCAGGUGGUCAGCCGACCAGACAGCUCAUCAACGUGAUUUAUACGGUAGCAAGUCACGUACCUCUGGGCAUAAAAUCACUCUUAGUCAUGCUAGUGAUAGGUAAACUAGCAAGAGAAGUAGAAAAAAGGGUAAAGGAAAUGAACGAAAAGGAAAAUUAACUAAGGCAACAGUAUUUUGAGACUGUUUGUUUGUUUAGGGUGGUUGUAUACUGACGGGGUCUGGGAGAGUGUCACUUGAUCAAAUUGCUUCUUGGGAUCACUCUUCCUGGGGCCUUAUUCUUGUGUGUUAUGUCCACCUGGUUUGUGUCCUCCAAAAUAUUAGUGUACGGUAGGCUCAGUUUGUGAAAGUAUGUCUGGGUUAUCAGAGGAGGAGAGGGUGAGUGUUUCAGUGCCGUGUAUGACAGCAAGGGAGCCCUAUGCAUUCCAGCGAUACUUAACAGAGUAGUCCCGGAGUUUCCUGGCAGCUGGAGCCAGCCGUCUUCACUCUGUAACUGCAGAAAAGGAAGGUCGCUAUAGAUGGACACCAUAUGACCUUCAAAGUGCACCCGUCCAAUGGUUCUAUAUCUAUUCAUUAUAGUGGUUCUCACCGCAAUGUCUCUGGUAGUCGCAAUUACGUCCCAAGGUGCAUCAGCUGGUGUCGCUGCUGAUUUAUGUACUCUGAAAGAGGCCAGGAUGGAUGGGGCAUCUGUAGUAUUUGGAAUGCCCAUAGAAACAAUCAGGCUUUGGGUGAAUGGCAAUAUGUCCCCUCCGCCCACCCUUUCAGGCAUGCCUCUUUGGCGUAUAUUCUGUCGCCUAUGCUGGGACUCUAGCGUAAGCACCAAUUUAUGCUGUUUUGACUUGUGUGAUGAGGCCCUCCAUAUGUACCUUUGGUAUCUCGCAGUUGAGUAUCCUGCGUCUGUUCUCUCUCCUCCACAGCCUUCACCUUGUGCUGCAGGGUUUUUGUCUGCUUGUGUCUCCUGGAGGUCUGACUUCCACACCUUUCUUGGGUCUACCAGAAAUCUUUUGAUUUCUCCUUUCGUCGAUGGAGAGGAGUCCUCAUCUGAUUCAGCUGUUUGAUAACCUCUAGCAGGGUGAGGUUAAGUGUGUACGACUUCCUUCUCAGGGGAAUCAUCCGAGGUGUCAUGCUCCCUCUGUGGAUCAGGCGCCACCUUGGCGGGCAAUAGCGGUGGUGGUCUCUCAAAGGACAGUCUUGGGGUGAGGAGGGGAGACUCUGGUUGUCUUUGCACCUAGUGGUAUGCUCCUGAGCAGAGGGAUCAUCUGAGUGUCCAAAUAUGAACCCCUGAGCCGAGCAAAGUAGUCUCAGGUAGGCUAAAGCUCCAAGACCUAUGAUGUGGUGUCUGGUCAUGAGAAAUAGUAAUAAAAUAGUAAAAAAAAAAAACAACAAAUUGUCUCUUCAGUUAGAGCUCUUUCAAGGUACGUCUGGCUUGCUCGGAGGUUAGGCUCCGCCCCCACCAAUAAAGGAUUUUACUUUUGUGGUGACUGCAUGGGAUGUAAAAAUAUAAACAAAGUGGAAACUUUUAACCCCUUAAGGACACAUGACGUGUGACAUGUCAUGAUUCCCUUUUAUUCCAGAAGUUUGGUCCUUAAGGGGUUAAAUCGCGGAUGGGAUCAAAACCGUAUAAUAGAGACUCUUUAAUUACAUGCCAUUCUAAAAAUGUGGUAUAUUUGCUCACGUGCCCUUGUGGAUUACAGUAUGUUGGUAAAACAUCAAGAUGUUUAAAAACAAGGGUACGUGAAAAUAUUUAUAAUAUAAGGGGAGGUUUUUUAAAUCACAAUGUUUCCCUUCAUUUUUUUAAAUUCCCACUGGACUCCAAUUUUGUGGCAUACAGUUGAUUUUAAAAUCACUGGAGAGGCAGCAGCUUGGAGUUCACGUUGGGACGCUGUGAGAUGAGGUGAAUAUUUAACCCCUUAAGGACAGCGCUUCAGAAGCUUGUCUUUCACUUAAUGACGACAGCAUUUUUUGCUGUUUACGUUCAACUGCAAUUUGCCUCUUACUAUAUAUAUAUAUAUAUAUAUAUAUAUAUGUAUGUAUAUGUGUGUAUAUAUAUAUAUAUAUAUAUAUAAUUAAAUUAUACAGAAAAAUGCAGAAAAAUGCCCAAAAAAUAAAAAAAAUUCUGUUUUUGUUUUACAGUUUUUGCAAUAAUAAUGUGUGCACAAUUAGUGCAGGUUAAGGAAAGUAAUUAAAAAUAAAUUCAUUUAGUUUUUCUGAUAUACAGAAUAUAUAAUAUGUCUGGGAUUUUAAGGUUUUUUUUUGUUUGUUUUUUUUUUGGUUUUUUGGUAGUUACAGGUCACAAAGCACAAGGAGUAAAAUAAACUUUUAAUGUGGAGCGAUUUUAGGAUUUGGUAUGUUUUAUCUUGUAAGCUUAAUAGCCAUAAAAGAAAACAAAAUUGCCACACAAAAGUAUAUAUUUAUAUAACGUAGACAUCACGGGCAAUUUACCUAAGGUUGUUUUAACACUUUCUAUGUAGCCAUUUCACCGCCAACCUUUGCUAAAUAUUGGAGUAAAAUUGUGUUGUGUUUUUUUUGGGGGGGUUUUGGCACACAAACUUAUAACAAAGAAAUUCUCAUGUGUAUUUUGUAAAGUUGGUGUGUGCUAUUCCUGUACAAAGUUUUAUUUUGUAAUCGGUAACAUCUUUUGAGUAAAAUGACACCCCCAUUGUAUGUCUUUGGCACUAUUUCGUGAAGUUACAGUGCCAUAUAGGAUACCUGUCCUUUUCAGUAUUCACAGUAGAAUUUUGAGAGAUGGAUUUAAUGAGCCUAUGCUUCCAUUUGGGGUAUUAUAGUAGUUUGACUGUUCAAAAAAAACCCUAUGGCUACAGUGCCAUAUAGGAGACCAAGCCAUAUCAGUUUUUACCUAACUGUGAAUUUUGACGCUGGGCCUAUGUGCAAUUUCCAAGCAUCUUAGCAGGGUUUAAAUUCAAACUACCCCACAAAGGCCUACCAUUUCUUAAAGUAGACACCCCAGGGUAUUUCAAAAGGUAUAUCUUGAACCUUAGCGUGCGAUCAUUUUUCCGCUAGCUUGUACCAGGUGUGGUAAUAAGCAUUUUUUUCUGCCUUUUUGACACACACAGUGAGUUUGCACAGUAUAUUUUGCAAACCUUAUGUGUGCUACCACUGUAUAAUACUUCAUAUGUUGCUAUGUAUGUAUCUUUGCCAGGUAUAUGUGGAUGUUGAAGGGUCACAUUUGAGACUCAGCCAUUCAGUUUUUUUCUAACUUUGAAGUUUUACGCUGUGUCCAUGUUCCAAUCUGGAGUAGUUUAGAUGGUUGGUUCUUCCCCACAAACACAUACUAUUUAUUAAAGAAUACACUCUGGAGUAAUUCAAAAGGCAUAUUUUGAACCUUGGCGUGGGAUAAUUUUUUAUCUAGUUUGUUCCAGGUGUAGUGGUAAUGAGCGUUUUUAAAAGUAUUUUUUUUUUAAACUUUUUUUACUUUUUAAAACUAGUUUUUAAACUUUUGUUUGCUUAUUAAUUUUUUUUAAACUUUCCUAAACUUGCUUAAAAUUGUUUUUUGUUUUUGUUUUUUUUACCGUUAACCCCCUAACUAGCAGUAAGCAGCACUAAAAGUAAAUUCCCCAUUUUCCCAUAACUCCCACCCACCCCAGCUAGCAAAAUAUGAUUAUAAAAUAUUUAAAUUAGUUAAUUAAAUAAAUUGAACACCUGAGGGUUAAAAAAAAUAAAAAUAAAAGUUAAUCGUCAGGGGUUAAAAAAAAUUAGAUCACAGUAUAAUUCUGUGAUCUGUAUUUUGAUCAUUGUAGGCAGUGAUCGACGGGCAGGGAAGGGGUUAAUUUUUAUUUGGACUGGGUAAAGGGGGGUGUUUUAUUUUUUACUUAAACGUUAACUUUUUUUAAACUUAAUUUUGAACUUUUUAAAGCUUAUUUUAAAACUUUUUUUAACGUUAACCCCUAGUUAGCCUAACACCAAAUCCCCCCAAUUCCCCACUAACUUCCACCCACCCCAGCUAGCUAAAUUUAGAAUUUUAAAAUACUUAAAUUAAUAAAAUAAAGAAUUAACCCUCAGGGGUUAAAAAAAAAAAAUCAGAUCAUAGUAAAAUGUAAUCCCGGCCAAUUGAUCACUGUAGACAGUGAUCAAUUGGCAGGGAAGGGGUUAAUUUUUUAUUAAAAUGGGUAGAGGGGGGUGGGAUUUUAAAUUAACUUUAUUUAUUUUUUUCUAACAGGGACAAGAUCAGUGAUGAUCCGUCUCCCUGCACUUCACACAGUACCAGGAAGUGCAGGGAGGCGGAAGGUGAGUAUACUGAGCACAUGUGCUCGCUCUGACAGCCUGUCAGAGCGAGCACCGGUGCUGUGGUAGCUAGAUCGGGUGCUCCCUGUCUGCCUCUAAUACAGAGGCAGACCGGAGCACCAUUAACCCCGCGAUCACAGCGAUCUGCUGUUAAUUUUACCACGUGACGGAUGAGGUCCGUCACUCGUCGUUAAGGGUUUCCCCUGAGUGACGGACCUUGUCCAUCACUCGUCAUUAAGGGGUUAAUUUGGAUACUUUCCCAGUGGGCUCAACUUGAAAUUUCAGCACUUAUUUGAAUAUUCCAUUUAAUAUUUUUAAUAUAUAUUUUAUGUAUUCAUUUUAAUUUAUUUUUUAUAUAUAUCCUUUUCUUUAUAUCCCUAUUAAAUAUAUGCUUUUUAUUCCAGUAUAAUUAAACAAUUUUUAUCAGAUCUAGCUAGAUUUCUUUUUGGAUCUGCUCUCCUAUUAUGUAUUUAUAUGUACUGUGUGACAAAAGUACUCCUUUCCCUUGGUACCUUGUCCUGGGAUUGGGGUGUUACACACAGUCUUUUCAGGCUUUAGAGACACUUCACAUGCUGGAUGUUUGUGGUUCCAAAAUAAAUGCACAGUAAGGUAUAAAAGGUUGUCACAAAAUCCUUGCUCUUCUGAGCACUAACUAAACAAAAUAAUUAGCUAACUGGGUUGGGUGGCUUAUCCAUUUCCCAACAUAAACAACAACCUUACUGUUUCAGGGUUUUUCAGCUCUGUUUCCACUCACAGAAAUCAAACACAAUCUCUCUCCUCCUUUAGCAGGGGAGUACUUAAUAGCACCUGUAAUUAACAAUUCUUUUCAGGUGAGGUAAAUUAGGAUUGAAACUCUGGAACUGGACUUCUCACCUGUAGGUUCCAAGCAACUUCCAAAAUAUAGAGUGGAGCACUGGCCCACCCUACUCUCCAAGUGCUCCACCCCAGGGCCCAAAUAUACACAUAUUUAAAGUGCAAUAUUCAUUUUAACGUAACACAUUUCCCUGGGGCUAAUUACACAAAAUAGGAACCUUGCAAAAUCUGGGGAGAUAUAUAGAUUCCCUCCAGCACAAUUCCUUGCUUUCUGUCACAACUGUUAAUGUAUUUCAUACUAAGUUGUUAUAUUUUCUAAAUGUUUUCUAUUCUUAAGUCCUUUUUUUUUUUUUGUCCAGCUUAUAUGUGUAAUGAACUAUAAAUCAUAUAAAUGAAUCAUGCCCGCUACUAUUAUGGCGUUUUCUGGUCCACUUCCGGGUAAGAUAGAAUGGUUGAUCCCGUCAUCAUGUAUGGCGCUUUGAUGCUAUUGCCGCAAUGACAUACAAAUGCAGAAGUGAAUCCUGAGCUCCAGACGGCGCGAAAAUUAAUUUCCGGAUAUACAGAUUAAAAGCCAGUACCGGGUGGAGAACAUUACACACUUUGACAAAGACCGCAAGGUUGAAACGUGUUAGUGUUACUGGACUUUUGUUUGUUUUAUUCACAGCCUUUGCUGCUGCUGUUUUUUUUUUUUUGGUAUUUUUAUUUAUUUAUUUUUUAUUUAUUUUUUUAUUUUAUUUUUUUAAGUAAAACUUCCUACCUACCUCCUAUAUCCUUUUGAUUCAAACCCUCCAUGGGAAAGGAGGAGAUCGCGUUGUCGUGCUGACAGCUUGAAAAAGUUUAUUAUUAAUCUGCUGAUACAGCCAGAGCCUGCUUUCUAGGCCUGUAAAGAUUGUGAGGGGCCCAUUACCUCUGUUAUUGAUCAAUUGUUAUUUUCUACAGUAUUAUGCUAUGUCUAUUUUUUUAAUCCUUUUUUUUAUUUUUUUUUUAUUUUUUUUACAGAAUGAUCAGGAGUUCUCACUAUAAGUAUUAAUCACUGUGUGUUUUGCACCCCCUCACUGUUUGCUUUUACCAGUAAAUUAUAUAACCGUCUUUACCAGAGGGAACCAAGUUGUGGAGGCACGUAAAACAUGCACUUGCCUCCACUGCAGUUCUGUUUUGUUGUGGGAGGCUUUGCCUCCCCAUCUGGUCUCGCGAGCACUCAUAUGCACUUAGCGUCUACACAGAAAUGCUGUAUAAGCUCUCUCCUGUAGGCAUGUUAAUAUUUUGUGUGUGCAGCACCGAUGGACUAAUUUGCAUGCCCUGUGCAGCAGUAUACAAGAAAUGUUCUAAAAAUUAUGUAAAUGUAUGAGUUAGGUCAAAAAGUGUUUUCUCUUCUACUUUUCACAGGAGCUUGACUGCAUCUUUUAACAGACGCUUACUUAUAAGAUAAAUGUAUACAAGCCCUGUCGAAAAAAAUUAAAAGCUCUUUGACAAAGUGUGGGGCAGGAGGGUAACAGGCUCAGGGAUAGUAAGCAGUGACGGACUUAUCUCUGUCUAAAAUUAGGCAUCUGCUUAUGCUUGGCUCUUGUUACUACAUCUGAAUGGGAGCCGGAUUCCUCUGCAACUUCGUUUUAUUCAUCUUUAUUUUUUUUUAGUAGUCUUCAGGGUAAUGUGCUAUUAAUGUAAGGUCUUGAUACUUAAGUCAUUGUGUAAUUGGAAGUCCUUCACUUUAAUGGCAGGGAUUUAAAUGUACUUGGACGGAAAUGUGCAAGUGUGUCUUGGUUUUUGGAUGUAAAAUUUGUUGUCUAUUGCUGCUAUUGUAAUCUUUAUAGAAGCUCAGUUUAACAUUCCCUUCUAGUAAUGCAUUAUUUCUAAACGGUAAUGUAAUUCAUAACCAAACACAUAUAUUUUCUUUCCUUAAAGCCCAGUGUUUCAAGCAUGAAAAUGUACCUUCCAGAUUACCAGACAAUGCCAGAGUCAUCUACAUCGGUCAUUCAGCCGAUUUGUUCCUCUACUGGAGAUAGUCAAUCUGCAACAGUCAACCUACAUCCUGUCCUUGUAAACCCAAGUAACGAGGUUUUCCAAACCGCAUCAGAACAAGAAUCUGAAUGUCAACUGGAUGAACCUAAAAUGGAAAUGCCAUCCAAGGCUAAUGAAGAUUUGUCCGACUCACAUGCACCAAUGCCAUCAUUAGAUACCACCUCCGCAUCUGGUAACAGCGAGGAGAAAGUGAGUUGUGCUAAAGAGGACCUUGACGAUUCACCUGAAGGUAAGGAUUUCUCCAUAUCUUCAAUCUGGUGAGAGGGACGGCAUUUUCCUAAAUGAUGCAUCUCACCAAUCUUCGCAUGCAUUUACUCAACUGCCAUGGGGAGAUGCUGCCUAGUAAAGUUGUGGUAGCAUGGCCUCGUACUGCCAUACUUAAUGUUUUGUACUCUUUAAAGUUAUGUAAUUGCCUUAUGUAAUUGCCUUAUAAAAUGAAAUACAUUUUAAUAUAUGCUCGUUCCAGCUAUUUAAAUAGAUAGCUGUGUGCAUUGGUUACAUUUUAUUUCCUAUAAACUGACAACACGUCUUCUUUGACGUGACAGGUGCCCUUUAAUAGACAUCUGCCCUUGAUCAUGAAACACCUCACCGAUAAGGAAUGGGUGAAAAGGUUAUGCAUCCCCACCCCCUGUCAACGCUGCUCUUAGAUUAUAUUACCAGCUGCGUUAUUUUCUUGGAGGCCUGCAGAAGACUUUGCCAUUUUUUUUUUCUAUAGCUUUGCUUUAUUUUUGUUUUUAAAUGUAGUGUUUAAAUUCUCUUUGCCGUGUGUAAAUGGUGUCAUGCUUGGGAUCCAAAGACUGAUAUUUUAAGAUUUGAUUUAUUUAUUUUGUAGUAGUAGUUGGAGAAAUAUGUAGUAGAAUCUCAUUUAUUUGCAUGGACGAAGGUAAAAAUGAGAUAUGCCUUUUGACACAGCCAGCAGUGUGAAACCCUGCUUUGAAGGUAAUACCACUUUAGGGUUUUGAUAUUCUGUUGUGGCGUAUCAGGAAUUGGCACCUUCCAUGUAAUAACUAGUUCCUAUAUUUAAAUAGCAGUGCAGCCUUUGUCAUUGCUAAAGAAAGGUAAUUGAUCUCGGCAGUGGAGGAAUAUAAGGUUUUAUAAGGAUUUGAUAGUUUUAGCUGCAGAUAUUUUCAAUGUGCAAAUCUGGUGGCUCUGUUCUAAUAUAGACAUCGUGGCCUUCAUUAGACAAGUUGGAAGUCCUAAAGUAGUAGUUAAACACUUGAAUCUAAAGUGGAUUUAGUGCUUAUUGCCUAGUGGUAUUAAUGGUUAUUUAAUCACUCCUCUUUGUAUCUAUGGUGCUGAAUAUUAACUGGAAACAUUUAGUACCAUGUUUCCUGAUUUAUUUUAUUUAUUUUUACCUGAAUUUAUUUUUAAGAAACCUUUCAGAUUAAAGAUGAUGCAAUUUUAUAUUCAGAUGAACUGCCAGCUAUAGAACUGAAGCUCAUUGCAUCUAUUGUUUUGCAUCCUUAAAGGGCAAAAACUACUUUAGCUCUUUAAAGGUUUGUGCUAGCAGUUUCACCUGCAAAUGUAAAUAUAAAGGUUUUUGUUUUUUUCCUACCUGUCAAUCCAUUCUUUGGCAUAGACCUAAAAUGCAGAGGAAUUGAUAAAGGACAGCAGAAGACACCAACAGAAGGCGGUCCUUCUGCUCUCCAGACAAUUAAAACCAUUUAUGUGAUACAAUAAUUAUAGUUUAAUAAUAAUAAUAAUUUAGUUUUUGCAGUGUCCCUUGAAACCAUUUAGGAACAGUUUAACACUGAAUGAGAGCUCAUGGCAUCCCAUAGCUCAACCCCGAUUCAAACCUAAAUGGACACUGUGAUAGGCUGAUACAUAUCAGCUAACUUUCUCAGCCACCCACUGCUGCUCAGGCUAAUGCUUCUUCAGACAUCAAUGUUGUACUAUGGUGCAUGCACAAGAGUACAGCACUGACGUCAACUCCUGUCAGAAGAAGAGGAUCUUACGGUAGAAGAUGGCAGAUCCGUGAGGGACAGGUUCUGGUAAGUAAAAACACCUUACGCCUGCACCCUCCAUGCCACUACACAGCAAGCAGAACAGUCACUAUCUGGGGUCUUUGCAAAAUAUGAAGAUACCCCAGAAGGGGAUAGAUCCACUUUCAGAAAUAAAUGUACAGAAAACGAGGAAAUAAAGAUUAUUUUUAGCCAAUGGCUUGCUAGCACAAGGCUAGAGACUUCUCUUCUUACACCAUCUACUACCCAGCAUCUGAGGACAAUUAGUUCAUAGUCCACUAUGCUACCCCCUGUCCUUUGAAUUAAAAAUGUUAUCAGUCAUGUCAAACAUGGACAAACACUGAGACAGUGGUGAUUGUUUAAUAAAAAUUGGGUUUAUUUGCUAAACAGACAUACCGUGGUAUACUUCACAAACAUACAUAAUUAAGCCCUGCUUUUAAACACCCACUACUCCUUGGUGGCAGCAAUGACUACAGUAACUUCAGCCCCAAUACAUACAAUAGAAGAAAAAAAAAAAAAACAAUGAAAAAUGUUACUUGUGCACUGUCCCAAAUCCCUAUGCACAUUUAAUUAACUGGAGGGUUUUAACAUCACUCCAAUGGCCGUUUAAAUGUAUGCUCACCUGCCACUUACACUUAUAUAACCACUGGAGGUUAUUGUAGGCUAAAUGCAGGCAGUUGACACUCAGCCAAUCACUAGAGUUACCAAUAUGGAUACCGCACUUUCCUUGAUCAGGGUACAGUCGGGCCUGAGGUUGGCUAAUCCUCGCAAUGUGAUUUGCAAAAAAGGCCCUGUUGUGGGCUGAACCGUUGUUUUGAUUCUGCUCCAAUAAAUCUACUCACUGGAUUGAACUUGAGUGCCUGGACCAUCAUUACAUUUUUGCAACUCAGCCAAUCACUGUCACCCAUUUUUGCCGAGGCUAGUGCUUCCUCAUUAGAACAAGCAGCACAAAGGUCAUAUGCUGCUGUGGGACUUUUGGUUUUAGCAUUAAACCAUUGAAAAUAUGUGUACUAUCUAUUAACUUACACUGUGUGGUUUUAUACUGCCCAUAUGCAAUUUUUAUCAACAUUUUAUUUAUUUAUUUUGUUCUUGUUCAGAUUUAGAGCCUAUAGUAAACUUGACAUUUGUGAAGAAUGAUUUCUACGAGAAAGGGAAUGAUGUGGUGGUGGUCCAUGUGUAUGUCAAGGAAAUAUGCAAGCAAACCUCCAAAGUACUAUUUCGGGAACAGGAUUUCACACUGGUCUUUCAGACAAGGUAAGCAUCAUGCCAAAAAAAGGACUUAAGAAAAACUACAAGGAGUGGGUUAAAGGCAGAUUUUUGCCAACUAAAAAAAAAAAGUAUUGAAUGAUAUAAUUAUGUAACCAGGAAAAAAUUUUUUAAUAAUUUGCUUUCUUCUCUUUUAAGUUGAAGGGACACUGUAGUCCCCAGAACAACUACAGCUUAUUGUAGUUGUUCUGGUUAGUAUAGUUGGACACUGCAGGCUUUUUGCAGUAAAAACUGUCUUUUCAGAGAAAAGGCAGUGUUUACAUUACAGCUAUAGGGUCACCUCUAGUGGUCAUUCCUCACAUGCUGCUAGAAGUGCUUCCUGGGUCAGUGCUGCACCAUGUCACUGCCAUUCAGUGUCUUCACCCUCUGCACGAAAACACUGAACUUUCCUCAUAGAGAUGCAUUGAUUCAAUGCAACUCUAUGAGGAGAUGCUGAUUGGUCGGGGCGGCGUCUUGCUCCACUUUGGCAGUCUGAGCCAAUCCAUUGCGAUUGGCUGAGAUUAUCAAUUCUGAUAAUGUCAGCCAAUGAGUCAGAUUAGGGGCAGAGCCAGCACCAGCAGACUGGAAUAAAGGUAAGAUUUUACUAUAUUAAGGAGGCUAGAUUGUGUAUUUAACACUAUUGGGUGAGCAAUACAUGUUUGUGUUCCUGACCCCAUUUGUGUUCCUUUUAAGGAUAUUGCUGAUGAUGAUUGGUGUGGCUGUACUAUAACCGAGACAAUACAUGUACUUUACAUGCAUAGAACAGCUAACACACACACACAUAACCACAACCAUCCCACAUGCAUGUGCAACACCAGACAGUCCCACUACACACAUGGUACAUGCAACUUGCAUAUCUCACCCACACACACAAAUCAUAGGCUGCACACAUACUUCACAAACCAGACAAUCAACAUACAAACAUAACAAACAGUCCACACUCACACACACAAUACCAUAGAAAGCCCAACACGCAUCCCACAAACCUGGUACACACGUAUAUAAUACAACAGGCAGCCCUCGCACACCAUAUCAAAAAUUGCUUUUGCCACGUGCACACAAUACCAUAAGCAAACUCCUCCAAACACACAGUACCACAACACCACUACACACUGCCUGUAUAUACUCACAUAACAAGACAGACAUGCCACAAUACAUAUAGCCCACACAUACACAACAUCUCAAAGCAUUUGCCACAUCAUACAUAACACAAGCAGAAUUACUUCAAAGUUUUUCUUCAGUGCAGUACUAAAAUGUUAUUUACCCCUGCUCUGUAUCAUUAUAGUGGCUAUUUUUAGUGCUUUGCUAAUAAAAUGUAUUAUAUUUCUAACAGUUUGUCAUUGUAACACAUGUUGAACACUUCUAUAGACUGUGUUUUACACACUGCCUUCUCUCUUUCCUGUUUUGUAGCGAUCCAAGUUUCCUUCGUCUCCAUGCUGGCUGUGGUCCCGAUACGGUGUUCAGGUGGCAAGUGAAACUCAGGUAAAAAUAAGUUGCAUUUAGUUAUUUUGUUUUGUUUUUGUUUUUUGAAUCUUUUAAGCAAACAUUCAUACAGAAGUACAGAGUAGGAUCAAUUAGCCAGAAUGCAGGAAAUGCAACAAAUGAAGGAUUAUUCAUAACACUGUGAGUUGUUGAGAAUUCGUCAGGGAGUUUAAAUUUCAGGUCGAAUUCACCAAGCUUUUGUCACUUCAGCCUUAGCCAGUCAUAUGACCUAUAUCUAGGUGGAUUAUUUCUCAGAAAGAUACCCUUUUCCCACUUGGAUAUUUAUCUGUACUUGCUCCCAGUUGAGAUGGGAUAUAUAUGUUGAUUUUAAAGGCUAGCAAAUUAUUUGUAUUAUUUUAAAUAUUAUAAGUGCACAUUGCUAUUUAAAAUACAUGAUUGCUCUCUUGUUUUUCAGAAACCUCAUAGAGCCAGAUCUGUGUAAAUACAAUUUCACAAGUUCUCGCAUCGACAUCUCCCUGCAGAAAAAGCAGGCCCAGAGGUGGGGUGGCUUGGAGGCACUAGCCACACAAGGUCUGCACCCUGAAUUCUACCUUUUGCACAAAGAAACAGGUGUUCACUUUUUAAUAGCUUUUAGACAGGACGUAGCAAUGUAAUUUGAGCUUUGUAUUCAUCUCCAAAAUCUUUGGAUGCCAACAGGUUUGUUUUAUUUUAUUUACCCCUCCCCCCACCAAUUCUUUUGGCUAAUCUAGUUUAGUAUAUUUAGUUUCCAAUACAUCUGCUGAAUAUUAAGCUCAUACCAGUGAGUAUCUUAGUACACUGUAAGGGAAAUGUAAAUCAAACUUUAACAGGCGAAACCCCAUGGCAUAGACCUCUGUUCUGUUUGUAUAGAUAGUAUUCCAGAAACUUAUUAACAGGAGAACCCUUACCUAGGAAGUUCUCCUCGUUCUUACCUUUACUCUAUUGGAUUCCUAUUUGGAAGGAGCAGGGCAUCCUAGCAAACUGUGUGAAAGCAGCAGCCAGCAGAGAAAGUAGGCUGACUGAUGACUAAGCUCACGGUGUCGUGGGAAAACACAGGUAGCUUUGAUGGACCACAUUCUGCUGUGCUAGCAGUGAAGCCAGCAUGAAGGAGUGCAGCUGCCUUUUAAACGAUUAAAGGUGAAGUCUAUGCUUCCAGACAAAUAUGCACAAUUUUGCAUGACUCCCAUUGCAAAAGAUGAAGUUAAAACUUCAAACACAUAACUGGCAUGACCGGUACAUUUUAAAGUUUCGCUUUUCAGUAUAACUUGAUUGCUAAAAACCCAAAUCCUUUUCCACACUUGUUUAAAACAAAUGUGUGUUCAUACACUCAUGGGUUUCUUGAUAACUGAUCCAUCCAGGCUAUGUUUUGACAGAAAUUUUCAGACAUCGACAGCUGCUUCUCCGAGGCGCAUUCAUUCUAAGUAAGGAGCUAGACAUCUUGCAUGGCAUUAAAUUAUGUCUUUCAAAUGCAAAUAACAUUUAGUCACCAUGUGAGGAGCAAUAUUAAAUUAAUUUAAAGAAAAGGUUACGCUAAAAUGAGGGAUUUUUAAAUUUGGAAUAAACUCCUUAUAUAUUGGCAUGUGGAUUGUAAUACUUUUUUUUUGACUGCACGUAGUUAGUAAUGUUAAUGAAAAACAUUGGACCCACAUUAACAUGAUGUAGAGUUGUCUUAUCCUACAUGGUUUUUGGCGACUGAUUUAUAUUUCCUUUCUGUGGUGUGUUAAUUCUACAUCCUUCAGGAUAGCACUCUUAUGCUGUCCAUGAAAUAGUGUCCAGGAAAAUUAAAGGACCACUAUAGUGCCAGGAAAACAUACUCGUUUUCCUGGCUCUAUAGGGUCCUUGGGUCUCCCUCACUCUCUGGGUCCCCCUCCCCGCUGGGCUCUAGGGUGAGGAAGGGGUUAAAUUCUUACCUUUUUCCAGCGCUGGGCAAUCUCCUCCUUCUGCCGUCAUUGGCUGCAUGCGGGGCAAGAGCUGCGCGCGCAUUCAGCCAGUCUCAUAGGAAAGCAUUCUCAAUGCUUUCCUAUGGACGCUGGCGUCUUCUCACUGUGAAAAUCGCAGUGAAAAACGUGGAAGCGCCUCUAGCGGCUGUCAAUGAGACAGCCACUAGACGCUGGAUUAACCCAUUUGUAAACAUAGGAGUUUCUCUGAAACUAUGUUUACAGCAGGCAGGAUUAAUCCCAGAUGGACCUGGCACUCAGACCACUUCAUUAAGCUUAAGUGUUCUGGGUGCCUAUAGUGGUCCUUUAAGUGGUUCAAAGUAAAGAAGGGAGAUGGCAUGCUAUGGUCUGGACGUAAAUUGGUGCCAAGCAGAUCUGAGCAGCUGCACAUCCUGUAUAGAGCAUAAUAAGCAAAAAGGCUUGGCACACAAUUGCAGGUUUGUUGGAGCACUACUUGCCUCUGACUUGGUUCACGUGCAAACCGGCUCGUGCACGUGAGCCAGCUCUUGCACCGUGGUGUCCAUGCACGCUUGGUUGCCGCAUGUGCACUGCUGAAGCUGGUUUGAGGUCUGUGAGCGAGGGAGGGGGAUGCAGGCACACUCAAGUAGAGCGUGCCUGCCACAUCCGUUCGCUCUGGGGUGCUAACGGAAGUGGGAAGGAAUCCUCCCUGGCUGUCUGACAGCCAGGGGGAGUUCCCCAGUUAAUUUAUAAAAGUGCAGAUUUUUCAUAGCAAUCAACCUUUUUAUAAACUGGGGUUAAUAAAAAGGUGCCCAUAAUGCACUUCAGCAAGAGGUGUUGAGUGGUCCUUUAAGGUGUACUAGUCUUAGUGAUGCAUUGUGGAUUUAUUUGCUAAAUGCUUAAUUGUGAAUUGAAAACUGAUUUGCAAAUUGUAGGCAAAAACAUGCACACUUUGCAUUUUUGCACAAAACUCUCCAACUUGGCUAUAUAGCUUGACUAUUCUUUGCCAACAUUUUGCAAUGUGGUUAUCAUUUCGCUACCGUUUUUGGUUUAAUGAAUUAACACAUUUGUGGAGAUAUCCGUAUUAGUUUAUGCUUUUAUCAUAGCACUGGAGAUGUCACCCAUUGCAAACCUACCCUGCUGUAGUUUUUGUACAGUCAGCAUACAAUAUCUAUUCUGGUUUUGAUUGAAAUUGAAUUCGUUGCUAAACAGAAAACUUCCUUUCCCCCUUUUUAAGGUGCAGUGGGUGGUGCAAAGGUUGCCAUGCCUGCUGGCCCUUCUCCUCUUACUAAAACACAACCUGGUAGCAAUCCGCAUACUCUGUCCAGCAAAGAGGAACCCAGAACAGUGGAGAAAGAGAAACCACGGGUGGAGGACACCGCUCUGGAUAAUGUUUCAUCAAGGAACUCAUCAGCAACUGAACAUGUGUCCGUAAAACCAGAGCAGCUCCUGGCAUCCGUAAGCAAACAUUAAAAGGAUUUUGGAGUUCAUAUAAACUUUUGGGUUUUUUUUCUCUCUGAGUAACCGAAUAGAAAAACCCCUUUUAGAAACAACUGGUGUAUGUUUUGUUUGUAUGAAGAGAGAUCUUGCAGGGUUUGGUGUCCGUCAAGUUUGUGAGAUGUGGCGCAAAAAUGUCACCCUUUUGUUUAGAAGAGAUUAAAUUGUCUUUUGAGAGACAGAAUAUUUCUCUCUCUCUCUCUCUCUCUCUCGCCCUCUCCCCCACCCCCUCCCAAGCACCAUAACUACUAGAGCAUCUUGUAGACUAUAGUUGCAGUUGGGCGUGUCAAUAUAUUUGUACAGGUUACUGGGAUUCAGACAACCUGCCUUACUGAAAAUCUUUUUUCAGUGCUGCCAAAAUUACACCCUCUACCUACAUUAGGCAGCACCUAAAGACUUAAAAUUGAUUCUGCUUGAAAACUGACAAACUCCGGAGGGACUGCAUCCAUACAAUCCCUGCUCUUAAACCCCAUCUAAAAUCUGUAGUUGUUAUGGUGCCUAGUAUACCUUUAAACCGCUCUUUCUUACACACAAUCAAUUGAGAAUGUCUGAUGUCGCAGGAGUGUGGUCAAAUACAUAUCAGAUUAGCUGCACAUACAUUUAAACAAGUCUACGUACAGACGCAAUAUCAUACACAAAUGCUUAUGUACGGACGCGCUAGUGCACAGGUGUAUAGAUUCACAAACUUAAACAUACAUAUUAUUAUUUAUUGGUAUUUAUAUAGCGCCAACAUAUUCCGUAGCGCUCUACAAUAUUAUCAGAGGGGGGGACAAAAGGUUGAAAAUGAGUUUACAUACAUACCAAUGCAUACAUUUUUGCGUAAAGAUUGCUGCAUACUUAUCUAUUCAUACACUUACCUAUAGAGACACUUGUUAGUUUAAUUAUUCCAUUAUUUUGAAGGGAAAGAGAUGGCAGAUCACCACUUACGUCACUGGAGUCUAUUGGGGGAAGAGGGCUGUCUGCACUCUUCCCACUAACAAGCGAUAUUCAGGCACUGACCAUAACGAUUGCAACAAAGUAGUGCAAAAAAAAUAGAAAAUUCCACCUCUGUACCACACAGAGACAACCUUCCUGUAUCAUAGAUAUCACAAAUCAUGCUGCAGAACUCCUUUUAACGCUGCUCACCUCUCAAUACUGAGGAGGAAGAUUGAAUAAAUAAUACACGCCUGUGUAUGUGUCAGUGGAAAUCUUUGACAUUUGAUUUUGUUUAUCAGGAACACCCUUGAUGGACAUUGCUUUUUGAAAUUUUUUUUUUUUUGCUCUAACACAAUAUUCUGCUUGGACCAUUGAGCCUAUUAAAAACCUUCUAGUGGUCUGACGCUAGUCAAAUUUAAUAUUGUCUAGUUGCCGUGGAAAGUUCUCCAGAGCCCAUUUGGUCCUCUUGUUUUCAGGUCUUUAUACCUACUCUUGGAAAUGUGUUUCUAGAGCAGUUGAGUUUGAUCAAGCUCUCCAGUCACAACCUUUUCAAUUUCUCCUGCCACGUUUGUAGUUUUUAGAAUAAUCCAACAUUUUGUUUUCAUAUUUUUGAGCUCUAUUUUCCAAAUGCAAUAUUUGUAAAUGUAUUUUUAAUUUCUUAGCCCAAGCCAACUUGUAUGGUGCCACCAAUGACGCACAGCGCAGUAUGCAGCGACAGUGCGCAGGAAGAAGAGGAGAAGAGCGUAUGUCUGCCUGGUUUUACUGGUCUGGUUAAUCUGGGUAACACCUGCUUUAUGAACAGCGUCAUACAGUCUCUGUCUAACACACGGGAACUCAGGGACUACUUCCAAGGUAAUGGACUAUAUAACAUCUAAGACCCAUUCACCAACUAUUGCAUGAGUAUGACUUAAUAUGGUUUCAUAGACACAAGACUUCAGAUAUUUUGAAAACAUUCCUUUUUACCUUUCUAGUAUAGAUAAAAUCCCCUCUAUUUUGUUCUCUUUUUGCAUCAAUUUUGUAGACAUCCCUGUAUGUAUGUUUGUGCAUUUAAUUUUUUAUACUAAAGUAUUGAUGCUUAAUGGCUCCAUCUGACUGCUUUGAAAUAAAUUAAGAUUUUCUCUAAGUUCCCGAUUUUAAUUGUUAGACAAGUUUUACAAAAGUUUCAGUUUGGAUAGUUUUAAAACUAUUUUUAAUAUUAUGAAAAUAUUUAAGUUAGUAGUAUUUUGAUAUUUUUUUAAUAUAUUGACAUAUACUUUUUUCUAUUUUAAAUAAAUGCUUAAGUUGGCAGACAUGGCCUUUGUUUAUCAAAGACAAAGGAUUAAUUUCUCGUCUGCUAUUCUGGGUAAUAGUGUUCCAUUGUUAUAUGUUGGUUUUUCAAAAGUUUGUCUUUUGAUUUUUAAAUGGGUUUAUGCUUUUGUAUGCGGACAUAAUUAUGUAAUUAUUGUAAAGCAUUGCGGAAUAAGUGGUGCUAUAUAAUUGCCAAUAUUAAUAGUUGUAUAGUAAUAAAAGUUUAAACAAAAUCUCAAAUUGGUCAGCUACAACCAUUCACACAUCUGAUAUUAAUCCUAAAGAAAUCCAAAAUUCAACCCAGAUUCCUUCUUCACUCAAAUGGUAGACCUGUGCCUCUUGAAUCCACAAAUUAGUUGUGGAACGCUCAUGUACGAUUACUACUACAGCUUGAUAUAGCUCUAAACUAUGCAGUUUUUGCCUUGAUGUUUUCAAGCAUUCUGCCAAAAGUGUUUUUUUUCUUGGCACCCAAAAACAUCUUCCCUUCCUGCAUUACUCAUGUAUUUUUUUUUCCUCUCCCUUUCUUUCUUUAUAAGACCGUUCUUUUGAAAUGGAAAUAAACUACAACAAUCCUCUUGGAACAAGUGGGCGCCUCGCUGUUAGUUUUGCCGUCUUAUUACGGGCCCUUUGGAAAGGAACUCACCAUGCCUUCCAGCCAUCAAAGCUCAAGGUAUACACCAUAUAUGCUUACUUGCUACACAGCACUGAGUAAUUGAUUCUCAUAGUCCUUUACCUAGCAUGGUAAUGGCUAACCUAGGUAUUGAAGUUGCUAGCUAAGCAUCAUGGUAAAUUCUGUUGAAGUGCAAAGACUUAUUACUGGGUUACAAGUUUGGGUGUCACUGCUUGGUACAAUAGCAGAAACUGAAGAGGGUGAGGCUGCUGUAUUAGUGAUUUCUUGCUUUAUGCAUGAGGUUGGUAUUUUUCUGAGUACUCUACCUUAUUGGUAUAUCAUGACCAUGCAAAUGUACAAACUGGUUUUGUUACUGUUAACAUUUUCGAUGUCUGUCUCCCUCCUUCCCCUCCCCAUAUGUGGUAUUCUAUAUUCUAGUGCACAACACCGGUGCAGGGUGGCAUCUCUGAUGGCUGUCAUCCUAUAGUCAGGGCCUGAACCAUUUGCUUGGUGGACUAUUCUCAGAGCGAGCUCUGUGCAUCAGAAGUUGUGCUUAAUCUCCAUUUUUGUUAACCAAGUUAUUAAUUUUUUUUUAUUUUUUUUUUUAUGGUUCUGCCUACUCAGAAAUAAUGAAUGUGUGGUUCCCACAUGUUGCAAACAAUCGAAGUUCAGUUGUAAAAUCCAACUGGAAAAUUUUGUUUACAAACUUUCGCUAGAUUAGUUAUUUUAUAGGUUAUGCUCUGUUGUAGAUGUUCUUAUUUUUUGGCUCCAGCACAGAGCAUUAUGGGGAACAUCAGUGAGGCGCAGACACUGGGCUUUACUGGUGCAACCUCUGAUGCAAGGAGGAAGCUCUUGUGAUGCUUUUGACUAAAACAAUCGAAGUUGUUUGCUAUUGAAAACUAGGUUCUGUCAUCUUGUGUAUGAGAGAAUACCUUUCAGUUAAAAAAAAAGCCAAACAAACAUGUCCAUUAUCGAUUUUCGAUUUAUUGUUAUCUUGGCUACUCAUUUAUAUUUCAUAUUUGCUUUUGUGUCAUUUUAGUUAAUAGUGCAUCAUGGUAUGAUUUAGUUUAGAACAAAUUUAAAUUGCUCUCUCAUAUAUUGUUACAAUGAACGAAUAUAAAAUCCUGCUUUAAGUCAAACUAUUGGAAAACACAUUUUGGCAGUUUUCAAUAUGCUUUGUAAUUUUCUGUACAGGCUAUUGUGGCUAGCAAAGCCAGUCAGUUCACCGGUUAUGCUCAGCACGAUGCACAGGAAUUCAUGGCUUUUCUGUUGGACGGACUCCACGAAGAUCUGAACAGAAUUCAGAACAAACCGUACACAGAAACUGUGGAUUCAGAUGGCAGACCAGAUGAGGUACAAGACUUCCCAUUCAAGUUUACUAUCUACACUAACUUGCAAACCUUUAGCUGAUUAUUGCAUUAAUGCAUUUUUUUUCUUUUCUAAUAGGAAGUGGCAGAUGAAGCAUGGCUUCGACAUAAGAUGAGGAACGACUCCUUUGUGGUGGAUUUGUUCCAGGGUCAAUACAAGUCCAAGCUGGUUUGUCCAGUGUGUGCGAAGGUAAGGGGCUGUACCAAGCAGACAUUUAUUUUUAAAUAAACACAAAUAUAAGAACAUUUUUUUUAUAUAUAUAUAUAUGUAUGUAUGUAUAUUUAUGUAUGUGUAUCAUCUCUCUCUAUAACUAUCAAAAAAGGUAUAGUGGGGGAAAAUUGUGAUUGAAAACCCCUUCCACCUGAAGUCUGUGGAUAGUUAAUACAAUGUUAAACAAAAAUCUGCACACCAGUCAAGCCAUAAGACUUGCUUUUCCCACAUAAAUCACAAAUCUGCAGUGAUGUUACUACCGCAAAUGAUUCUGGGUGGGCAUAUGGAAAUUAGUUCAACAAAGAAUCAGUUUUGCAUCAUUUGAUUUUAAACAUGGUUUCCUUUGACACACCAGCUUUGACACACCACUUGAAAAAGAUGCAAAGCCAAUGAACAACUCAUGGACAGCUGUUUCAUUGUAAAUGCAUAUCAUCAGCAUGAGUUUUGUUACUGGCUUGCUAGUGAGGCUUCGUAAUUCUUGUGAUGCAAAACCAAAAAAGUAUGGUGGGGAAAAAUUUUUUAUUAAAUUGUUAAACUAAUUUGCUUAUGCCCGCCCAGAAUCCUUUGCGGUGGUAACAUCACUGCAAAUUUUGUGAUUCCUGUGGGAAAAGCAAGUCUUAUGGCUUGACUGGUGUGCAGAUUUUUGUUUAACAUUGUCUUAAAAAAAAAAAAAAUAUAUAAAUAGUUUUAAAUUGAAUGUUAUCUUUCACCUUUUUUGGUUUCUGCCCCUCUCCCUUAUUUGAGGUUUUGGUGGGUUUUUUUUUUUUUGGUUUUGUUUUUGUAAUUUAAAAAAAGAAUAAAACUUACCUGCCAAGACUGUUUUCUCACUACACCUGAGCCCUCCUUUAAAGUCCUCUGUCUUGGUUAUUUUCGUUGCAGAGAAACUUUGAGGGCACAUGGUGUGACAAUUGCAACAGUCCUAUAAUCCAGUGCUUCUCUAUAACAACCAUUGAAUCCAAUGCUUCUCAUGUAGAAGCAAUAGAUGCAUGCUGAUGUUGGACAUUCAAAUAUAUUCAUUUAUUGAAUCUAAUUAUGUCUAAAGCCCGUGAUGGCUACGAACAGUGGUUGGUUCUUCAUUUAACAGAGAAUGAUUUCUGUCCCAACUUGGCCAAAGAGGGCAACCUUUUGUCCUCCUAAAACUCUAACAGCGAACCUUUUUGAAUAACUGCCCAAACUGCAACUCAAAACCAACUUUUGUAUCUCAAAGUUCCAACACUGCAAUUAAACACAAAAACAAAGGCGCUAUGUAUAUAUAUUGUACUGCUUACCCUGUACUUACCUAGAAGAUGAAGCUGUCCACAGCAAUGACAAAUAGCCACGGGAACUGAGAACCAGAUGCACUUGGUCAUUCAGUGAGUGCUUGGACCUCAAGGGAGUGAGCGUGUACCUUGGUCUGGACCCGCAACACUCCCUGCUGGCACUACAAUUGUAAAAAAAAAAAACUGAAUUAUGAGUUUGAAAGGGGAACACAAGGAGAAUGCUAAGUGUUAUGCAGGAGGGCCUUAACACCCACUUGUUUUUUUGUUUUUUUUUUUAAGUCAACUGGGGAGAAAGGGCUGCAAAAUGCCUUUUAUGAAACUGAAAUCUACACUUAAGUUAGGAAAUUGACAACUAAAGUAUUUUAGAAAAUGGUUCUCUUUUACUAUAAGCAGAUUAAGAGAUGUUUCCAACCAAGAAAAUAAUUAUCCAUCAUUGAAUUUACAUAUUUUAUAAUGGAGAUGUAUCUGUUUUCUUGUGCAAAUUAUUAUAUGCAGAGGCAAGGCACCAAUUAACUUGUCUGUAUUUAGUUGUGGCUAACUUUUCCAUCACUGACUUGCUUAGACCGUUCUCGUUGUAAUGGAGUCUGAUUGUUUUUAGCAAAUUAAAACUUUGUUUUCAUUUCAGCAGGAUUUUUUUUUUUUUUUUUUUUAAUAAGCACUUGCUUAAUGUAAUUUAGUUUUUUGGUUUAGCCACUAGUUGGAUACAACAUACAAAAUCAGUAAACACUGUAAAUGUGUUGCCAAAAGGAGUAGUAAUACAGACAGUUUAAUGUACCCUAAGAACAAGCAGUACAAAUGUAUUUUUAUUUGAUCCAAAAUUAAGAGGAUUGUUUUAUUACAAUAAAUAUACUUGUCCACCCUGUGAUGUGUGUUUACAAGUUCUGUAAUUUUUUUGCACAAGUCAAUUUUCCUUUCUCUCUUAGGUCUCAAUUACCUUUGACCCUUUCCUGUAUCUUCCUGUUCCGUUACCCCAGAAGCAGAAGGUGUUGACUGUGUACUUCUUUGCUAAAGAACCUCACAAUAAACCCAUAAAGGUGAUCUGAAGUGUUUUUCUUGUUUAUCUGGUCUGGAUUUAAUAUCUGUUGCAUAAAUCUGAUCUUUAUAUACCAAUCUCUUUGUAGUUCUUAGUGAGCAUAAGUAAAGAACACUCCAGUGCGGCUGAAGUCCUUGAUUCUAUUUCUCAAAGUGUGCGAGUAAAACCUGAAAAUCUUAAACUAGCAGAGGUGAGACAUAAGCCCUGUAUUCUUCAUUACCUGUGUUGAGCAACAUCUGUUCAAACAGAACUUUUAGGGGAAUUACUGUAGAUAUUCACAGUUGGUAUGGUGUUAUGCUACUUAUGCAAGGUUGGCAAUUGCCUUUAGAGAAUAAAGCCUUAAAAUAAUCUAAAUUCAAGACUCUCUUGACAUUUUGACUGAAAAAAAUAAAUUUUGUGAUUAACGGUUCAGCUGGUAAAAACAUUCAGAUUACAUCAUCUCUGGUAGCCUCCUCAUGCCUGCAUUGUUGGAUUCCACACGAUCUCUAUUUUUAUUUAUUAGGUAUUCUCAGCGUAAUAAAGCUUGUAUAUAGUAAAUCAGUACAAUCUUUAAAGGUUGCACAUUAUCACUACAGCCAGCAUGGCAAGUUAAUAGUCGUACUGUGUUUUUACAGUUUGACGCUCAUCUGGUGGGAUCAGAAUGUAGACUGACAGUCCUAUGUCUUGGUAACUAGGGUCAAAUCGAAGUCUGGCAAGCCUUCUAUUUAUGCAGUUUGCAGGUUGGAGAGGAGUAGUUGGACCCCAUCCCAGAUAUGCAGUUGGACAACUAUAGCUGGCUGAUAGGGGUGGAGUUUUACUUACCCCUAAUCCAGUUGCUAGAUGGUCCCUUCACAGUUCUAUUCUGCCCACCAGCCAAUCAUCAGCACUGAUCAUUUUCCAGCCAAUAGAGAAUGCUUCUCAUGGGCAGAGGAUGUGUGGCAUGAAAAAAAAUAUUGCUUUGUGCUGGAGCACAAGGCAAUUGGGAAGAGCAUGCUCCCAACUGGCUGACCGCUGUGACCGUGCAAUUUAGCACCUUUUUAUACUAGUGCAGAUUUCUCAUGAAAUUGUCACUUUUGUAAAAUGGGAAUGUUGGGACACUGUUAACGCCUAAAGCAAUUCAGUAAGCAGAAAUGCAUUCAGGGUUUGGAGUAUUGAAUUAAAAACAAGGUUACUUGCCAUAGGUAUUGUCACUAUGACUGUUUCCAUAUGCAGGUCUGGGUUAAAGGAAAGCAUGUAGCCUUCAAAUUUAAGAUUCAUGUAGUAACAGACUGCAGCAAUAAUUGAGGUCUGAGAUCAUUUCACCAUCUUCUCUCCUUGCUGGUGCCCAGGGGGCUUGUGUACGCUAAGCUAUUCUUGGUCACCAUUGCUUUGACUUUCUUUUGUGUGAGGAAGGAGGACAUGGGUGUUGUAAGUUGCGCAUAUCACUAGUGCCUACCUCCUUCAGAAUAUUUAGGAAUAGCUUACUAUAUCCUUGUGGAUCCAACUGUAGUUCUCUUACCCUAUCUAAAGCCAUGAAUUCGUAGGUGCGGGAAUAUCUGCCAGCAAAGUCCAGUCAAUAUUUUCCACCCUUGCUGUGAUGUUCAGCACAGGUACCUCUUCUUGCUCAAUCACCAAAUUGAUGUUCCAGGGUGUUUUGAAAUCUUUGUUCACCACUUUGAGCCAGAGUUGAUUCCUUCUGAUCCAAAGUCCAGGCAUGCACAAUGUAGGAUUUGCCAUGUUGGCUAGUGCUUAGAUCUCCACUGUAAUACUGUGGUCCUCAGCACAUCCAUGCUUUUCAAUUCUAACCCUAGUGAAACUGUUAAUAUUGUUAAACAAAUACACUGUUUUCACAGUUGCACUUUAUAAAUAUCCUCUUACUCCAUGAAAAGCAAUGUUUGUAGUUUUGUGCAAUCUAUUACCUGUCACUGCUUUGAUUGACAGUGUUUUUUUUGUUUUGUUUUGUUUUUUAUAUAGGUAGCGAAGAACCGCUUCCACCGUGUAUUUAUGCCAUCUUGCUCCUUGGAUUCUGUCGCACCUUCAGACCUGCUGUUUUGUUUUGAAUUACUUUCCUCAGAACUCGCUAAGGAGCGAGUGGUUAUGUUACAUGUUCAACAGGUAUAUACUCUGUGCGUCAAACUUGUCUGGUUCCAAUUACAUGUUUGUUGUACAAUUACAUGUUUGUCCACCUAUUGUAAAGCACUAUGGAAUUUGUUGGCACUAUAUCAAUAGAAUAAUACUAAUUCAUGUUAUGUUUCAGUGAGACAGUGUGGGAAAGAUUAUUUGGACUGUGUCAAUCUGCUAUAAUUAAGCUUUAGCCCUCUUUUGCACAUACCGUUGCUCAGACUGGACUGAUCGAGGGAAGUUAGAGUUCACAAAAACUGGGAUCACCUGUUGAGACUACAUUUCCCUGAAAUAUGAAGUUCUAGUUCACCAUGAACUGUCUGGCACAUGUUUUAUCUCCACUGUUCUAAAUUCUGUCAGUGACUCGUAUUAAAUGGGCACUAAAACUAUUUAAUUCCGUUAAGACCUUUUAUCAAUUGUCAGUGCUGUGCACCUGAAUAGUCAUUAAUGGGGUAAGUUGUCAUCUUGGAUUUUUUUUUUUCAUUUCUUUAUAAAAACCAACUGACAAACCAUUUAGACUCCAUUUUAGAAACCAUAGUUGGAGUUAUUCACUAAACUCUAUAUUGUGGAGAAUUGGCUAGGGAGUUGUACAAUUUAGGCCAAAACUAGCAGAGUUGGAAAAAUUACUGAUUUGGAGAAUUUGUUUAGUUCAGCUAUUUUGACCUAACAUUUGCUAUUGGUUCUGUAUUAAAGCAUAAUGUUAGCAAUUAUUAUUUUAUUAUUUUAUAUAGCGCCAACAAAUUCCGUAGCGCUGUACAAUGGGUGGACUAACAGGCACAUAAUUGAGAUCAGACCACUGGACGUACAGUAACAGAGGGGGUUGAGAGGCCCUGCUCGAUGAGUUUACAUGCUAGAGGGAGUGGGGUAUGGUGACACAAACGGUUAAAGUAGGGGAAUUAAAUAGUUUGUUAGAGAAGGUUUUAUUGAGUGCUUGGUAGGUCAUUUUUUGACAGUUGCAGGAAAGGAGUCAUGGGGUGGGGGGUGAGAAACCUGCUGACAGUUUAAUUGAUACCCUUUAAUGAAGAAGUGAGUUUUCAAAUAUUUUUUUGAAGGAGUGGAGGCUGGGUGAAAGUCUGAUUUAAGGAGGGAAGGGAGUUCCACAGAAUAGGUGCAGCCUUGGAGAAGUCUUGAAGACGAGCAUCAGAGGUGGGGAUCCGGGCAGAGGAUAGGCGUAGGUUUUGGGCUGAGCGCAGGGUUCUCGAAGGGACAUACUUGUGUAUGAGAGAGGAUAGGUAUGUUGGAGCAGCAUUAUGUAGGGAUUUGUAAGCAAGCGCCAGAAUUUUGAAUUGGGCCCUAAAUCUAACUGGAAGCCAAUGCAGGGACUGACAGAGCGUGGAGGCGUGGGAGGUGCGACCGGACAGGAAAAUAAGCCUCGCAGCCGCAUUCAUUAUAGAUUGCAGUGGUGCAAGCUGGGAACAUGUAAGACCAGUGAGAAGGGGAUUGCAAUAGUCAAGGCGAGAGAGAACAGCAUGAACCAGUACCUUAGCCGCAUCCGGUGUUAGGUAUGGGCGGAUGCGCGCUAUGUUCUUGAGUGGGAAGCGACAGGAUUUGGCUAUCGAUUGGACAUAAGUAAAAGCGAGGUCAGAAUCAAAAAGAACCCCUAGGUAGCGAGCCUGCGAGGUAGAGGUGAUAGUUGACUUGGAUGGAGACAGACACAGGAGUAGCAGCACUUGAGGGAGGAAAAACUAGAAGUGCUGUUUUGGACAGGUUGAGUUUAAGGAAGUGAGCAGCCAUCCAGUUGGAAAUAGCAAAAAGACAGUCAGAAACACGAGUCAAGGUGGGCGGAGAGAGAUCAGGGGAGGACAGGUAGAUUUGCGUGUCAGCUGCAUAGAAAUGAAAUUGGAAGCCAAAGGAGCUGAUGAGUUUACCAAGGGAGGCAGUAUAGAUAGAGAACAGUAGGGGGCCAAGGACAGAACCUUGGGGGACGCCGACAGAGGGGUUGCGGAGAAGAGGCAGAGCCAGAGAAAGAAACACUGAAAGAGCGCUGGGAGAGGUAGGAGAAGCACCAGGAGAGAGCAGUAUCCCGUAGACCAAAGUUACGGAGAAUGUGAAGAAGCUGUUGAUGAUCAACAGUGUCAAAGGCAGCAGAAAGAUCAAGGAAUUAAAAUAAAAGCAGAGUACAAAGUCAACAUCAUCAUUUAAUUAUCUUGAUUUAAAACCAACAAAACAGCAGGCAGUUCAAAUAUUUCCUCUUCCUUGCACAGUGGUAUGCUGUGAACCAAUUGGCUCUGCCUUGGUAAUAUUUGGCUGCUGUCAUCAUAUCACUAUUUUGCAAUGUAUGUACACGCUACAUAUUACAGUCUGCCAACAAAUCCUGCGAGCUUCCCAAUAAGUUGACAAAACAAGUUAGUUGGGUAACUAUCACUGAGCAUGGAAAACAACUGAUUUGAUUAAAUUGAUUUCUCUCUGUGCUGCUUCUAUGGUAGUAUUAUCCAAGACCACAUUGUAGUUUAACCCCCGUGCAUUUCCUUCUAUGUUUUCAUUGCAGCGCCCUCAGGUGCCAAGUAUCCCAAUUUCAAAGUGUGCUGCCUGCCAAAAGAAGCCAGUAUCUGAAGAGGAAAAGCUGAAAAGGUGUACACGGUGCUACCGUGUCGGGUAUUGCAACCAGUAAGUUACAUUUUUAUUACAGUCUUAUAGGGGUAUUCACUAAACUGUGAAUUGUCAGGAAUUCAUCUGGGACUUGCACAUUCAAAGCCACAAUAUAAAGGAAAAUUUUAGAAUUUUUUUUUUUUUUCCUCCAAUUUGUCUGAUUGUGAAAUUUCCUUGUCUCUAUAAAUUAGGGCUCUGUUUUCCUAGUAGACUAUUGCUAACUUAAAUUUACAUGUUAACGCCUAAAGCAAUUCAGUAAGCAGAAAUGCUUUCAGGGUUUGGAGUAUUUAAUUAACAACAAGGUUACUUGCCAUAGGUAUUGUCACUAUGACUGUUUCCAUAUGCGGGUCUGGGUUAAAGGAAAGCAUGUAGCCUUCAAAUUUAAGAUUCGAAUGCACAGGCACAUUUUACAUGUGCCUGUCAUGCUUUAGUAUGAAAAUAAGGCUUAUAUAAAAAGUCUGAAUCACCUUUUUUAUUGAAUGCAUGUACGUUUAAAUUAACACAAUGUAAGACCUCUUAGUAUUAUGUUUGAUCAAUGUCAGAUCAUCCUAGUGUCCAAAUGCUAGAAGAGGUGGUAUUUGCCAAGGUGAAGACCUUAAUUUUGUGCAAACCGAUUCAGGCUGUAACCAGGAUUAGUCAAGGCCAGCAGCCCUGUAUUAUAAAGUUCUUCUCUUUGUCCCACAGAAACUGUCAGAAAUUGCACUGGCCUGAUCAUAAGGUUGCCUGUCGACCAGAGAACAUAGGUUAUCCAUUCCUCAUUAGCGUCCCAGAGUCUCGUUUGACGUAUUCUCGUCUUGCACAGUUGCUGGAGGGUUAUGCAAGGUUAGUAUAUCUUACGCAUUGUGACGAGCAAUGCAUUGGUUUUUUUUACAGUGAGUUGGAGAUGUUUUAUAUUUUGCAUUUGACUUUUCUUUCAUAAAUUGCUGAAGAUACAGGCAGUUCUUUUCCUGGAGACAGGUAACUAAUUUUAAGUGACUGUACAUUUUUUUUUUUUGUUGUUGCCUAUGGAGGAAUAAUAUUUUACUCUGCUGUUGUGGCUCUUUGAAUAGCUGCAGAAUUCCCUUUUUUUUUUUUUUUUUUAAACCACUGAACUGCAGAGUGUAAUGCCUUUCCUCACCCUUUUCUGUCUUAUGUCCAACCUGAUCAUAUGCACCAUUCCCAUCAUUUUGUUGCUCUCUGGGGUCUCAUAUGAGUGGUUAAUUUUGUUAAUACUUCAAAUGAGAACCACUGUCUCUCCAUAGGUACUCUGUAAAUGUGUUCCAGCCUCCAUUCCUUCCUGGUAGAACCUCUCCAGAACCACUUCCUCAGUCGCUAGUUUCAGAAGGUCAAGAUUCGAUUGGACAGUGUAGUUGCACUUAUUCCGGCGAGACUAGUGACGAAGAUAGAGACUUCCACCCUGUGCCGGACCCUCCAAAAUCACCCCCAUCUCUCACAAUUCACCCGGAGUCAGUAGACUGUAGUUCUAUCCAUGGCAAAUCUUCUUUGGAAAGAUGCUCUAUGCAAAGCAUGGACUCUGGCUUUUCUGAACAACAUACAGUUGGGGGUGAGAAAGAAACCACAUUUGAAAAAUCUAUCAAACCAGAAGGUAGGAACAUGUCAAUUUGCCUAUGUUUAAGCCAGAACCACACAAUUCUGAUUGUACCUUUUUAUCCAGCCCAUAAUACGGUUUGCCAAAACACUAUCUUUGGAGAUGUUACACGUCAGAAUAUUUAAAAAUGCGCUAACCUUGCAACCAUUUGUAUAGAUUGUUUUUUGUGUGUUUAUUUAUCUUCCUCAACUGUGACUUAUCAUUAAACCUGUUUAGCAUAUUUAAAUAUAAAUGGGUUCAUCACAAGUUGAGCGAAUAGAAUCACUCCUGAAAUUACUAAAUCUAAUUUAGAACUGCACAAAAAAAAAAUCCGUUUCUCUCACAAUCCCGCUUAAACAAAUAUGAACAUAAACUGCCAGAUAAUUGGAGGUGUUCUCUGCAAAAGGAAGGCACAGCUUCUCAGUGUAAAACAAACCUACAAUAAUACGUAUCAGUAUCACAAAUGGUUCCAUUCACAGUAUUCUUGCAGAUAUAUCAAUGUACAUUUGCUCAUUCCAUAACAAGGUCCACCUGCAGAAUUGUUUUGCCAGUAAUGUUUAGAAAGCCAAUAUCAGUAUCUUUUUAUUUCUUGUCUUGGCUAUUUUCAGCUGUUGUCCCUGGUUACCAGCAGUCGGUAGAUUCCCUGAGCUCUCAUGCCUCCUUAUUUUAUAUCAAUCUUAUCGACUCAUCCAGCAAAGAAGUGAAAUUGGAAGAUAAAGGUUAGUAUAGUCAUUCAUCACUGAAAGUGGGGAAAAAAAGUGUCAUGGUAUCACUUUAUAAAAAUAAAAUUUACUUAAAAAAACAACAUAGAAUGUUUUAUUUAUUGCUAUUUAAACAUUUACAUCUGUUGUUAAAGAUAAACCCUGUUAACAUAAAUGCUAGCAUUUUCUUCUAUCUCCGCUGAGUCUGACACACAUGGUUUUCCAUAAUACUUGGCAUAAAACAUCCCGCCAGGUAUUGUUGGAAUGCGAAGUGAAUCAUUUUGAGGUGAGAUAAAUGUGGACAUGUGAUGUAUUUUUGUGGAGAAUCAAAUAAAAGAUUGUGGCAAGUAGCUUUCCUGUACAUUUUGAGGACAAUAAAUUUAGUGUAGAAUACAUUUUUAAACAUGCCUGUUAUUUUGGAUAACUGGUUCAGGUUUUGGCGCAUCCUUGACUCCAUUACUUUCCAUGUUUAAUGUACUUGUCUGGUAUUUCUCGCAGAAAAGAGUUAUGUAUGCUAUAAAUGAAUUUCUUGUACUUGGUUAUUGUCUAGCUUAACCCUUUAAGGACGUUACGGCAUUUUAUGCUGUUCCAAGCUAAGAGGGAUUAAAUGAAUGCAAGAUGACAUAGAAUGUCCUACAAAUUUGGUGUCAGCAAGGUGAAAUCUCUCCUCACACCAGGUUGCACGAAGUUACUUGGUGCUGCCCUCUGUUUGCUGGGGACCAGUACUUUUGGAUGAACUGCUUGCAGAGCUGGAAGCCUGCGCUGCAAACAACUCUUUAAUUAGGCAUUUAAAUGCCUAUUAAAAAUUGUGGUGUGAGCAGAGUUAAAUGCUUACUCACGUGACUAACCCCAGAUAUACCUGGGGUCUCUGCUAGUCAGCUGGGUUCAUUUUGAGUGACUCCAGACUGAUAAUUGAGCUAUGUGCCAUGCUGGAAGCUAGUAAUGCACAGAGCCCUUUAAUUCAACCAUAAAGCUGCGGCUGAGUGAUCGUGCUCAGCUGUGGGGUUUUUAUGGGUUGUGGACUGUUUUAGAACCUGGCAGGGUCUCCUAGACGAUUAGUGACCGGUGCUAGGCUUUGCCAGCAGUCAGCACCGAUCUCUGUAUAACUGGCUGAGAUCCAGGGUUCCAUUCAGAAUCACACCAGAUGUAAUUGUGAAAACGGCCAGUAGAAAGUGGCAACAUACCACCUUCUACUGUGUCAAAUAGUAAAACCAAUUUCUAAUAUUAGAAUUGAUAUUAGCAGUGGGUAACCUUUGGGUUAGGGAUGGGAUUAGUAGGUAGGGUAAGUUAAUGCUGUUUUAGAGUUAAAGAUAGUGUAGGAUAUUGAGGUUGAGUAGGAUUAGGGUAGGCAUAGUUAGAUUUAGUGAAAGUGUUGUGUAACGGAUAAGGUUGGUAUAGCGUUGGUGCGGAGGUUGGAAUUGAAACAAACAUUAAUCUAGAUCCUAAGCAUAUUAGGCAUUUAAUAAUCAUGACUGAUCUAUGAAUCUAUUUUGAGUAAUUUUUAGUUGCACUAUAUGUGUAAAAAUUAUUAGCAAAAAAUUUUAAUUUGUUGUUUUUAUAAAUCCCCAUUCAUACAUAAAGGGACAACCCACUGCCCACACACAAAACUGUUUAGUUGAUAUACCUCAAGUGAAAACAUUUAUGCCUUUUUUUCCAGUGGGGUAAAUCUAAAAGCUUGCAAAACCUGCAUUUCUCUUGUCUGCUACCUUCUUACUCUGCCCAGACUUUCUGUGGCUGUCCAAUCAGUCUUACAAUGGCAGCACAAUGAGAAGUCUUUGCAAGGCAGGUGUUCUGAGCAAUUGCUGCCUUUUGAGUUUAGCUCCACUGAGCUAACCAAACCAGGAAGUAACAGGAUAAGUUGUCUGACAGUUGAGGGGGUGUAGGCAGAGUAACACAAAGCUUUACUGCAAACUAAAGUGCUUUUGGGUUCUGGAGUGUCCCUUUAAUGUUGUCACAGGUGGGUACUUGAAGAGAAGCUUUUAAAUUAUGGUGGAACAAAUCUAUAGCUCAAAUUCAAGGUUGUUUUUUUGUUUUUAUUUGAGAUCGUGGACAAAUGCUUUAAACCUUAAAGGGAAUCUAUAGUGCCAGAAAAAUUUAAGUUGUUUUCCCGGCACUAUAGCUCCCUAUAUUGAUUUUAUUAUUAUUAUUAUUAUUUUUUGAUUAAGUAUAUGUAAAAACCCAAAAAGAGAGAAACUCGUACCUACCUGUAGUAUAUGACAGGAUACUUCAGUCAUAUACAUGCACCUUGGGUCAGACAGUGUUUGAAAAAAGUCUCUUUAGUCUUCCCUGCUUCUGUGCAAUGAGUGAAGCAGGGAAGAUCAGUGGGAACAUACCUUUUUGUUUUCAAGGCAAUUGCAUCAUUUUGUAAGCAGGUAGCCUCUAAAUUGUUCUUUAUAAGAACCCUUUAUUUCCUCCUCCUGAUCAUGUCCUUGUGACAGUUAUUUUUUUUUAUUUUUUUUUUACUUCUAAAGAUAAAUUCUGGUAGCAAACUGUUGCCAAAAUUAGCUGUUUCCCACAGUUCUCAAUGUUGUUCCUGAUAAUUAUUUUGGUGUCUAACACAAAGCUUGUACACAUAUAUCACAGGAGAUACACUGCUGGAUUUGACCGAUGACUGCUCGCUUGCUCUGGUCUGGAAAAAUAAUGAGCGUAUGAAGGAGUUUGUACUGGUUGAGUCUAAGGAAUUGGAGUGUGAGGAAGAUCCUGGAUCAGCAAGUGAAGCUGCUAGGGCUGGGCUCUUCACCCUAGACCAGUGUCUAAAUCUCUUUACAAAACCAGAGGUCCUGGCCCCAGAAGAAGCUUGGUGAGAAAAUAUUUAAAAAAUGAAAUUAAAAUAAUGCAGACCCUGGAAAAUGUGAGGUUUUAAUAUAGGCUGUAUCUUAAUUGCUCUUGUUCUGCAUUUUCUCCUGUGUUGCUCCAAUGUAGGUACUGCCCCAAAUGUAAUCAGCACAGAGAGGCUUCCAAGCAGCUUAUGCUCUGGAGACUCCCAAAUAUACUAAUUAUUCAGCUCAAACGCUUCUCCUUUCGCACAUUUAUCUGGAGAGACAAGAUCAAUGACAUGGUGGACUUCCCUGUCAGGUGAGAUGGUUUGUAAAUAAAUAUUUUCUAUAUGUCUUUAUCCAGAUCCUUUCAGUUUGUGUUUUAUAUGGUUUCCUUUAACCACUGAAGGGGAAGUGAUCUUGAACAUUGUAAUAUGAUAAUAUUACAACCUAGUUUAUUUAUCUGGAGCUCUCUUGUGGGUGCUGCAUCUUCUUGUUGGGUCUUUUUUCCAGCUAUUGGCACUUCAUCAGCCAGGAGCCUACACAUAGGAGGUGUACAGAAAAUCCUGCAAGAGAUGGCAAAUUACUUCUCUUCUGUUAAAGGACCACUAUAGUGCCAGGAAAACAUACUUGUUUUCCUGGCACUAUAGUGCCCUGAGGGUACCCCCACCCUCAGGGUCCCCACUAUAGGCUGGAUUAACCCAUUUAUAAACAUAGCAGUUUCUUUGAAACUGCUAUGUUUAUUGAAAAAAAAGGUUAAACCUAGCUGGACCAGGCACCCAGACCACCUCAUUAAAGGACCACUCUAGGCACCCAGACCACUUCAGCUUAAUGAAGUGGUCUGGGUGCCUAUAGUGGUCCUUUAAGAUUGAAAAUCUCUAAGACAAAGUCCCCGUUUUGUCUUGGAGUUUGAUUUGCAGUUUUGAUAGAUUUCAAUACAGAAACAUGUAAUAUUUAACAUAAGGAGUCUCUAUUUAUAAAAUACUGAAAAGUGACAGUGAUUCUUUAAAGUGCAGUUUGGUAAAUACAUCAUCUACAGUCUGACAACCAAACUGGUCGGAAAUUGAUAUUCUGUUUUACUUUGAGAUUUAAAGCUUUUGUUCCUUUCCAUUCACACUUUGAGGUUACAGAUGCUAUGCAAGUGCAACCACAAUGCAGAAUGUUGUAUAUAAAUAGCGUAACAUUAUAUGCUAGGCAUCAUAAGAUUUAUCAAAUGACCUUGUAGGAGCACCAGGGGUUAUUAACUGUA